AAGACGAGAGAGAGCGGCGGGGAGAGCGCGCGCUCGCUCGCGCCUGCCCAUGCCCGGAUUAUUAUUUUGGUGCUCCUCUUUGAUCCAUUCAGAAAUUCCUGAUUGCGAAAGGAAAACAAAAGGGGAGGGGGCCAGCCUCUUCCGGAAGGCGGCAGAGGCCGCGCGCCGAUUGGAUGGCUCUCGUUUGGGGCGCACGUGCGGCCGAGGGGAGGGGCGGGCAGGGCGGGAGGCGUCAGCGGCCCGCAGCACCUUUGCAAAAGCAGCCGGAGCGGCGAGAGGCGGCCGAGUGACUUCGGGAAGAAAGCUCGCCGGCGACCCAGGAAGUCGCCGCCGCCGCCGCCGCCGCCCCGGGAGCCGAGAAGCCUUUUCUUUUACGCGCAGCGCCAGGCGCGCCACUCCUCGCGUGGAGCCUCUUUGAGGAGGAGCUGCUGCCGCUGCUGCUAUUGCAGCUGAAUCCACCAGUCCGCCUGCCCUGUGUGUGUUCGCGAUGGCCGGAUGAUCGCUCGGCACCAGCCCGCCACGCCGCGCACCAUGGCCGCGAAGGAAGACCUGUACAGCAAAGUCACCCCCCGGAGGAACAGGCAGCCGCGCACGGGGACCAUCAAGCACGGCUCUUCCCUGGAUAUCCUCCUCUCCAUGGGUUUCCCCAAAGCCAGAGCGUGAGUUAGGCCGGAAUAAUAAUAAUUUAAAAAACCAGCGGCGGGUGGGUUGGAGGGGGCGCCACACGGUACCACCCCAUUAUUUAUUGUUUUAAGAAAAAAAUCCCGAUCUGUUGUUUUGUGCGUCUGGGGGAAAGAGUGGUUGAGUCAUCCCUUUUCCUCCGAGAGAACCGAGAAGGCGGAGCCACGCUAAUUAAUUAAUUAAUGGAUUGAUUGGUUUCCAAAAUCGGAUCUGCAGUUCCACCCGGAGAGGAAUGCAGAGGAAAAGAGGAGGAGGAGGAGGAUGAAUGGCAGCGAUUUGGCAGCCUGUGUGGUUUGUUGCCCCAGCGUGUGCACCGAUGCGAUGGCGGGAGAAGCGAGGCCGCUCCGGGACGGCGUGUCCGCGCUGCCGCGCGUGCAGGAGCGCCGCUGACAUCUUGCCGGAGCUGUCCUGUGGGACGCGCGUCCAGGGGGUUUAAAGCGGUGCUGCGCGCUCUCUCUCGCGCGCGUUUGCAUUUGUGCAUCGGGCUCCUAGAUCCUGCUCUGCAGCGAGUAGGCAGAGAGGCCGAUCUGCCUGGCGCGCGCACCCUCGCAUACAGACACGCAUACACACGCACUGCAGUGUCAUGUGUAUUUAUUGGUGGGGCGGGUGUGGGGAGAUAGACGGCACGUUUCUUCCGAAGGCGCUAGCCAGCAGCUUCAGCGGCGAUGCAGACGGUGGCGAGAGUGCUGCCUCCUCCCUCCUCUCCCGGUUUAAAGGAGGAACGGAAUCGCCCAGCGGAGGCUUGAGUCCCUGCCUUCCUCUUAUUUUUCUGGUGGAGCCCUUGGCUUUUAAAUAGCAGCUUGUGAAGGCUGCUAAUUCCAGGAAGGUGGCCGCAUCCAGCCUCCUCCUUGCAAGGCCUCCUUGUAGUAAAGCCAUUGUUCUCCAGGGUAUCUGGCAGAGCUUGGUAUCUGGGAAGCAGGCAGAUAGGGCAUCUUCCAGACUCUGGCUUCUUCAUCUUCUCAGGAAUGGAGGAGAGAGUCCCAGCAGGAAUAUAGGAAGCUUUCUUUAUGAACACAGUUGGACCCACUGAUUCACCACUUUCAGGACCGAGGACCUUGGGCAACUGCCACCGGUCUCAGGCCAUCACAAGGGUGUCUCUUAGUUCUGAUGCUGAGCAUUGGCACUGGGCCCUUCUGUGUUCAAUGCAGAUGCUCUCCCACUGAGAGCUGCAGGCUGUUCUUGGAGAGAGCAGGCCCAUGACUCUGGUGGAUGCUGCCUGGCUAGCAGAUGUUGCCCCCUACCCAUAUCCAGAAAAUGAUCAUUGGUGGGGAGAGAUAUCUAUCCAGACAGUCCACAAAGGAAGCUGCCUGGUACCCAGGUCAGAGCACAGAUCGUAUCAUCCUUGCCUUUGGCUUUGAGGCCUGGGGCUGUUGGCAGUUGGAGUCCAACAACACACAGAUGGAGGGCACCAUGUCUGCCACCCCAGUAGACCAUGCUGUCAUCACUGCACUGCAGAAUGUUGGACUAGACAACCCUUCUCCCUCUAGAAUUCUGUGAUUCUUUCCUAAGCUAAGUAGACCAAUGCUCUGACUUGGUACAAGGCAUAAGAAUGUAAUGAGAGCCUGCUGGAUCAGGCCAGUAGCCUAUCUAGUCCAGCAUCAUCUUCUCACAGGGGGCAGUCAGAUGCCCAAAUGUGAGGGCAACAUCCCUCUGAGAUUCCCAGCAACUGGUAUUCAGUAGCAUACUUCCUCUGGCAGUUGAGGUAAAACACAGCCAUUGUGGCUACUAGUGGCAGCUUCCUACAUGGAUGUUGGCUACAACUAUGUAAUAAUCCAGCACCUUUAGCCAGCAGACGGACACACAGAAAUGCAAGCAGUUAAAGCUUUUUGCAACACUUGCCUGCGUAUCAAUCAAAGCUUUGCUUUGCUAUUUGCAUGCUAGGGCUGCUGUUGAAAGCACAGGAGCACAGCAAAAAGCAUUCUUAAAGAAAUGACCAACUUACUGGCCUUGAAAUCAUUAUCACAUGUGCUGUUGUUCCAGUGACUUUAAUAACUGGGGAAGCAAUGAGUGUCAUGUGUGUUGGAAGUUCAAACUAGAUUAUUCAGAAACAUAAAGCUUUGUAAUCCUAGAGCUUGUGCUUGCCUUAAGCAAUCUCUCUCUCUCUCUCUCUCCAUAUAUGUGUUGGACCGUAUGUCUAAUAUGCAGGAUUAUUAGAUAUAGGAUGAAAUUGAACUAGGAAGGGGUUGGGCCAGGUCAGUCAUGGCAGUUUUGAUCUGCUUAGCUUUUCCUUCUAUAGUCAAUCUAUCAUUGAACUAACGUACACACAGGCUUCACUUUUUCUAACCAGCAUAUUAAAUGUGGGUCUAUUUCUAAAUCAUCAAUGGAACACCACGGCUCAGUGCAGGCUUGGAUUUCCCCCCCUCAAGUGCUAUCAUUUUUUCCCCAGACUCAGCCCUAUGGAAGGCAUAACAAAAUAUCAAGCAUCUCUCAGCACUUGGCUAGUUUUGUUGCAGCCAAAAUUUCUUCUUCCCUGGCCCCUGGCUAUGCAGCACUAUUGAAUGGCCUUUGGAUGGGGCCGUGGGAGGGGGAAUGGUGUUGCAUUGCUGGAUAUUUAAAAGAUUCUGCACCUCUUACAUAAAUGAAAAAGUGUGAUGUUCCCAUAUACUAUAUUUUAUAUGCAUAGGUGUCUUUAGAAUUUGAAUGUCACAGGACAGAUGAUUUCCCAUCCAAAUAAUCUCAAAUCAAUGCAUUUGCAAAUUGCCCCCACCCCCAGAUCACUCCAAACCAGUUCCUCUUCAGUUCACUUUACCCCUGAUUCAUUUCCCAACAGAUGAUAUAGCUGUUCAAUUCCUCUUUAAUUACACCCUCGUUCAUUACCCCCUCAAAUCAUCUCUAGAUAAGGUCAUUUUAUAGUAAUUGAUUUUCAUAAAGUAAUGUCCCAAUCACACCCACCCACUCUCUAAAUUCAAUACCGCCUGAAUUCAUUACCUACCCAGAGAUACCGGGGGAAAGGUUCAGAGUCUGUGGCCCAUGGACACCCCUCACCCCAGCAACACCCCCUCCUUUGUACCCCCAUGGUUGUGAGGUGUGCUUCAGCAACCUCACCCCACCCACUGCCCUACUUCCUUAUCUUUAUGUAUGUCAAUGAUGAAGAGCCAGAUAUAGAUGCUGAGAUCUACUGCUGAAAUGCAGCACUUGCAAAUUGCUUUGGCUGAGAAAGGAAGGACUAUGGGCUCGCUCAGAUGGGAAUACACUGGCCUGCCAUUGCUCACUGCAGAGAUGUGGGAUUACAAUUUGCAUGGCUGGUACUUAUCCAUAUUUGAACACCCUGGCUAUAUCUGGAUUCAAAUUUCAACUGAGAGUGCACAGCUAUAUCUGCUUCUAUGCCUUGGUGUUUGAAGAUCUGAAACGGAAGCCAAUUGGGUUGUCACAACUACAAAUAAGGUGUUUGGAGCAAGUGUCCUGUCUCUCACCUUAAAAUACUGCUUUUCACAAUAGGAGGUGUUCCAAUGAGGUCACAUUGGGGAAGAAGUUAAUUAAUGUGCUGAUGAGACUGCAGAAAGCUAAUGAAGCAAAGGCAUUUAUAAUUAGAAGCCAAAUGUGAGUUGCUUUUUUGCAGGAGGGGACAGCCAAGGAGAUUUAGCCGGCCUCCAAACAUCCCCAGGUUAAGGGAGGCUCGUUUCCCUACCCAGAUGCUAUCUGGAUAUGAACAAUUAAAGUAAACUGCAAUAUGCUUUUCCUAGAGCUGGUCUAUAUGGAGAGAACAAUUAGAUGUAAUAUUUUUUCUCAGCUUGUUGGGUUCAGAGAGGAUCACCUCUGUGUACCCAAGCAAGGUUUCCCAAUCCUCCCUGCACCCUCCAGACAUUGUCACAGAGGUGUGCAAGUGUCUUGCACCUCAGUCUGUUGUGGUGCUGCUGUUGUGUGCUUGUGAAAGAGGUAUGGCCCUAUGACUUUAUAGAGGACUCUUUUUUUAAAAAAAAUUGUAGCAUCUCUUACGGUUGUGAAUUCCAGCUCCUCCUUUCCCGCCCGUAAUCAAAAGUUGAAUCCCAUCGCACUUCAGUGCCUCUUGCAUGGAACCAAGACUGUGUGUACUACGCUGAGCUCCAUGGCAACCCAAAGCCUAUUGUGGGGGGGACGGGACACUCAGUUUUUGUGACUUGCAUAACUUAAGCAUGCUUCUUACAUGAUUAUGGUUUUGCUAGCUGGGAGAGGGAGAGGGGAAGGGCACGAAGGUGCUUCCAUAACUUCUGCAAAUCUCAUUCAGCCUACCCUUUUUGACUACUGAUCUCAGCCGAUGUUUCCCAUGGGUUUUGAGGCAUAUCUUCAACCGACCAGCAUGAGCAGAAUGCUCUCACUAGCAGAGACACAACACCCGCAGGUAGAAUAUUCACAUUGUCUUCCAUCAUCCCCAAAUGCAAUGCUUUGCAAUGGAGCCAGUAUCAAUAGCUUCAUCACAGUGAUUUAUGUUCCAUCUUCAGUAAAUGUUAAUUUCCCAGGCUUUCAGGUGGGGAAACUGCAGUUGUGGGCAUUUGGGUGGCCACUAUGAAAGCCAGGUACUGGUCCAGAUGGGCGUUGGGGCUGAUCCAACUGCAGGGCUUCUCUUACAUUCUCGGUGCUCACUUGUUGGUUGUGGAAAGUGGAGAAAUCACGCAAUGUGUAUAAAUGUGUGAACCAGGCCUCUGUUAAAGGGGUUUGGCUCGGUCUUGAAUGUUCCAGGCUAUUCAAUGAUCCCAGGAUGCUUUUUCCUAUCCUUGUUGUUUGGCUGCCUUGAUUGGGUUAUUUCGAGCUCCUAUGCCAUGUUCUCUGUCUAUAUCACACUAUGAUCUGGUCUAGGUAAGCUGAUACGUGGUGGGACUUGUGGGGUGAAACGUAGGGUUUCCAGGAACCCUUGCUUUUGUGUACAGAUCCAUCCAUCUGGCAAGUCAGAGUACUGCAGGUCAGAGCAGUGAUGUAAUCGCAAGCACUGGAUUGGCCUUGCCCACCUAGACUGGCCACUGGGGCCUCCUAUGUAAUUUUAUUGUUAUUUAUUUAUAUUUUAUAACUCGCCCUUACUCCCAAAGGGAGCCUAGAAUGACUUGCAUGAAUCAUCUUUUUAUAUAGAGCUGCAUUGCAACAUACUACAGACAGAAGGUCAAAUCCAGAAGUGUAAGAAGUCCUAAAACUCUUGGCCAAGCGCCUGGAUAAAUAAAUUUUGCAGUCAUUGUGUGCUUACUGGUUGUAGGUGAAAAGGUAGGCUGCUUGAUUUCCCUCUGGAGGGUAUGCCAUAACCAAGGUGCUGCCACCAAGAAGUCCCUGUUCUUCAUACUAGUCCUACAGAUGGAACUACCAUCAGGACCUUCCAAAUGACAGGUCGAAAGAUACAGGUGGAGGUGCUCCUUUUAGCCCUUGACUCCCAAGCCAUUUAGGGCUUUGUACAGUAGCAUUAACUCAGGAGGCCACCAGCCUUUUGUAGGCCUAUGGGCACAUUUGGAUUUUUGAGCAAGGGUUGUUCUUUCCACAUUCCUCUGGCUUCCUCCUCCCACAGAUCAGUCCCUGUCUACCACAAGACACAGAAGUGUGCACACACACAUAUCAGUUUUCUCAAGUGAUUGGGGAUGGGGUGGGAAUUGGAGCCAGUACAAUUUAAUUUGAGCCUUGAAAAGCACACUGAGCUGACAGAGGAAGUGGGAAAGAGUGUCAUCCUGCCCAGGGACCCUCGGCUGAAGGGCGGGUUAUAAAUACUAUUAAUUAACUAACUAAUAACUUCCUCCUUUAGCGAUAUGCACUUCUCAAGGGAUGAGAAAGGUAGCUACGUUCACUAAUUUGUGGCCAAAAAGGCAGUGAGUAAGUGGCAGUGGGUGGGGUUCACAGGCGCUAGGGAAAUACUCAAGGGCAACAUUACACCCAUGGGUGCCGUGUUGCCAACCCCUCUGCUAAUGCCUGAAUUGGGCCUGGUAGCUCAUGGGCAGGCGGUGCAUUCGUCCAAAGGUGAUUUGAUCUCCUUUUACUGCUCCACAUAAUAACUGGACAGCAGUGACCUAGACCAGAAAGGCUGUUUAAAAAAAAGCAUCCUGUUUGGGCUUUUUGCCUGGACACAAUUCUACCUGGAUCAGGUAUGCUGUGAUGUGUUCAUCACUCCAUUCCUUGGCCCUGAUCUCCCGCCUCCCCUGAAAUGAUAACCGGCUGCUCAGUCUUACGGUAGUCCUGUGUCAGAGCUGGGCUUGGAUCCAGUGGCUUUUAACUUCCUUCCACCUCCAUGGUUUAAAGUUCUGAAUUUCUCCAGAGCUGUCUUUAAUUCCUCAUUCACCUCUAAGCUUUGACUCUCUCACCACCUCUGUGUAAUUCUGAAAAAAGACUUUCUAUUGAUCUCCCACUUCUAUGCCAGCAAGAGUCUGGCUUGUACUCAGCUAUGAAGUUUCACUCAUUUUAAGAUCUUCUGUGUGUGUGUUUUUAAAAAAAGAAGCAAGGGGUAGUUUGUUUGUGGUGGUGGUAAGAAAGUCUCACAGGCUAGUCCUCUGAGGACCACUUGGCUGCCAUCGUGGAAUUGCCCAGAGGUGGCACCACUGAAGUCCAGCACCAGUGCCCCAAAUAAUCUCUGCAGACCUCAUGCAAGAUGAGGACCUAAUCUGAUGACUGGUCAGUACUCUAUGACAGGGAUCAGAAACCUAUGACCCUUUGGAUGUUACUGGACUAUGUGACCGGCCUGUCCAUGAGGCAGACUGAGGUAGCUGCCUCAGGCAGCAAAAUCCAAGUGGCCCUUCUGUGGGCAAGUCACACCGCUGCCAGAGAGCAGAGGGGUUUCUUCCAUUUUCCUCCUAGGUCUUCAGCACAUGUUGACCAUAUUCCAUUUCCUCCUGCCACCGUGAGGACUAGGACCUUACAACUAUUUCAUUUUUUAAAAAGUAAUGUGCCUUAACUUUUUUUUUCUUUUAAAAAGAACCUUAUGAGCCAUCCAGAAAUAUCAUGGGCAAGAGAAUGGGCUUGUGUUGCCCUAGUGCUGGCAGAGAAAAAGGUUGCUGAGAGGGGCUUUUAGCUCUACUACUGGACCUGGAUUGUGCGUUUUGAGUUCCACCAAUUUGCCUUUUUGCCUCUGUUUCAGCAGAUGAGUAAAUGUAGAAUAUCUGGGAAUCUAUGAGAGUACAGAUGAAGUAACCUUGGACUAGAUCCUUGGGGUUCCCUUCCAACUCUGCAAUUCUGUGAUUCCACCCAAGCAUUUGAUGGCUGCAAAAUACUGCCCCAGUGACCUUGACACUUAUUAACUUUAAGAGUUUGUGAUUGUUUUUAAGGGUUGUACCCAGCUAAGUUCUAUUUUUCAGACCUAUUUAAAUUAAUGGACCUAGGUUAGUCAUCUCCAUUAAUGUCAACGGGUCUACUCUUAAGUAGGAGUAGGAUUGACUACACCCCUAAUUGGUUUAAGUACGUUUUUAUUUUUAAUUGUAUUGUUUUAUCCCUGAGGUGCCUGCAGCCCUGUACUACUUUUGGGAGGAAGGGAGGGAUUCAAGUUUCAUGAAUCAUCGUCAUCAUCAAGGUAUUGGUGUGCCAAACAUCGGCAGUUGCUUGUUCUGCAAAAUCCACAAACCGACAGAAGCCUUGAAGGCAACAGGGCGCCUUUUCUUCCUCAGUAAGAAAAUGUUGAGAAUGUCUGGCGUGAAAGGAGAAAGCGGGCAGCUGGGUGGGAGGCCAAACAUGCCUUUUGUCAGGUGUUCUCCUAGGAGAUUGGGGUGAUCUUGGGAGGAAUAGACACAAACACAAAGUCCUGUUGUUUUGCAAAAGCCUCCGGAGCCUUCUGCAAACAAGACGGCCGAAAUUAAACUUAGCAUUAAAGAGGAAUUGGGCUUGGGGGUCUAGAAUGGCUCUCUGUGUCAUUUAUUAUCCAAAGACAAGUGACUCAUAUUUGGUCUCCUAAGUAGCUUGCAAUAAAUAUUUGAGAGACUGCGCUCCUUGUUUCUUUAAAAACAAAACAAAAGAAAAACAAAUCUGUCCCCCUCUGCGAGCUCUCUUGGUUUUCUGUUUUAAAGUAUCUUCCCCACAUGCGCGCACACUCUCUCCUCUGUUCUACAAUUAAGAACAAUCAUGUGUAAAAAUGUGUGAACUUGAAAUAGCAACUUGAACUGCUGCCAUUGCAAUCCUGUGCACUCUUUGCAGUGCAACUUACUCCAAAAUAAAGUCACACAAGGCGUAGGCCCCUCUGAUUCAGAUCAGAACUGUGGUGGGGUCACAAUUUUAAUCCUGUUCACCCUUUUCCUCAAAGGAAGAACUAAUGACAUUAUUAAAAGUGGCCUUUAUUCAAGUUGUUCUUCUUAGCCUUGAUACCUUACCUGCAGAAUGGGGGUAAUAAUGCUGUCCUCCUUUACAGCGCUGGCAUACGCAAAAGAGCCAAGUGCUUUGAACAUUAGAAACACGUAUAAUUAUUGUGAUUUAUAUUGCUUUGUACACCUGAAAGAACUUUCUCAGUUAACUCAGUAGGAAAUUCUUUUUAGGACCGGGUUGCAAAAGGAGUUGUAAAUGUCACUCUGCCACUUUUCCUGCCCACUCCUUAAGCAAGGCUGUCGGGUCUGUUUUGUUGCAAAAGCAGCCUUUUCCCUUUUGCCCAUCACUUCUAGACUGGCAUCAUUACCUGUCUGGUUGCUGUAGGUACUGGCCUGGAGAGCAGGAUCUGAGAUCAGCUUUUUUCUCUAUCCCUCUUCUGUGGCAGUGGCUGAGGAGUGCUGCGCAUCUGGUUUGGAAAUGAGCCCAAAGAGGGGGAGAGCUGAAGGGCUGGGAGAAUCAAAUGUUGCAAUCGAACAAAGAUUCAGCAAUUGCAAUAGCAGCUGUAUGGGGAAGAAAACACUGGCAAGGGAAGUUACCAUUUGGAGUCAUUCAUUUGGGGGCUGAGAAGGUGUCGUUCCACAUAAGGAACUGUAAUUGACCCAUCCUCCGGAAAUUAGCUGUCUUUCAAAUGUUCUUAAUAGGAAGGCAUGAAACACACACGCUCACUGUGUGUCACAUACAUUAUGUCAACCUAGACAUUUUUUUACAACUGCUCUUUUAGUCUAGAGACGACUCUCUGCCUGCAUAGGACUUUCUGGAUGCUUCAGGGACCACUUUCUGCAUUUGGCUAGGCUGCCAUGUGACCCCCAUCUGAGCACCCUCAAGGGACAGAGGAGGCAGCCUUGCAAUGGGGGAAGGGGCUUUGUAGGUCACCUGGAACAAGCUUCUGCUUGAGAUGGCAAACCCAGAGAUGGAACAACCUCAGCAGACAGCUGCCUGCUUUCCUCUCUGAAGCCAUCCAGCAAAAGCAAAUUCACCCCCAUCCAUUGUUCCAUCCAUUGUCAAAAAGUUCCUUUUAAAAGUUUGUCCUAAUGUGCAACCAAGAUCUACCCUAUGAAAUCUAGUCUUGCCCUCUAUGCAAGGACGUAAAGAAGAGCCUACCAGAUUGGUCCAAGGGAUCCUGUUCUCACAGUGGUGGACCAGAUGCCUGCAGAAAGUCUGAAGGCAAGGUCUGAGUCCCUUCCCAUCUGUGAUUCCCAGCAACUUGCAUUCAGCAGCAUUCUGCCUCUUGGCUAUGGAGGAAGAGCGUGGCCAUUGUGGCUGGUAGCCACUGAUAGCUUUCUCCACCAUGAAUUUGCUUAACAAUUUGUUGCUUGGCUGAUUAAAGGAAGGGGGGCGUGGUUGUGGUUUAUAAAACCAUGCACAGUGUGGAGAUAGUGGUCCCUCAUUCAAAGAGUCUGGGCCACCCGGUGCAGCCAACUAGCAAAAGAUUCAGGACAGGCAAGAUAACGUAUUCUUCAUACAACACCUUAAUCUGUGGGACUCAUUGCCCCAAGCUGUGGUGAUGGAAACCAGCCAAGAUGGCUUUAAGAGACGCUAGGACAAAUUGGUGGUGGAAGACCAUGAGAGGUUUAGAUAGAUGGGACGACAGAUAGAUGGGACCUUCAGGUUCAGAGCCAAUGUGUUACUGACUGUCAUUUGCUGGAGCGCAACAAUGGGAGAGUUCUGUUGCGCUCAUGUUCUGGCUGUGGGUUUCCACAGAGGGAUUCUGAUGGCCACUGUGGGAAACCGGACCUUGGCCCAGAUGGGCCUUUGGUCUGAUGCAGCAGGGCUUUUCUCAUGUCCUGCAGGAACUGUAGACUUAGCCACACAGAUGAGAGAUACGGAUGCAUGAAAUGAAAACAUGAUACUCCAGCAAGACUGAGCAUUGCCCACUGUUUCUGUGCAGCGGCGAUGCCUGCUUUGCCUGUCUGAUAAGCCUUGCAUUUUUUUAUUUGGCAAGGAAGGAGACCCCCGCUGUAAUAAAAGGCCCAGCUGAAGAAUGUUUCAAGAGCGUGUGUGUUUUUCAUUGCGAGUUUUGUCCUUUGGCAUCACAUAGUCCUGAUUGGCAAAUGCCUGGUGGUUUGAGACCAGGGCUUGCGGCGUGCUCCUGUUGCUUCUCACACAGUGCCUGGUGUGCUGACACUGACAGGCUGACUUCCUGUCUGACAGUUUUUUUCCACUGACCUUCUAACGAGUGUCACAUCGCAUGAAUCUCCAAGAAACGUGGCCAGAUGUCUCCGAGUCGGAGAUUGUUAAAGGAUUCCUAGUCAGCUGCACAAGAGAUGGCAAUCUCUGUGUGAUUAUUUACCAGCAAAAGGGGCCCUUUGCUUUGUGAGUGGGGUGUGUUCAGGGGGCAGAGGUGGAUGACUUGGUCAGUUUUCAUUUCUCAUUUCUCAUUUUUGCAUUCUGAAGCUCAGCUCACCACAUUUUCAAAUCAACUUGCAAAUUCAUUUUAUUUAUUUUAGGUCCUCACAAAAAUUGGUCAGCAGUUCAUCUCUCCUAACAGACACACUCCUGUGUGUCAUUUUACCUAAAAAACGCAUUUUCCCAAGCAGACACAGCUGAAGUGUCUUCACCCCUUUGGCGAGUUACAUUGUGUUUCCCUUUGAAAUUAUAGUCAUUAUUUCUAAAUUUGCAUCUAUUACACAUAAAUUUCACAUAUACAAAUCUGGAUCCUCUUUUUCUUUUUCUGAAAAUGAUGAUGAUGCAUUUUCUCUUUUGGAACGGUACAUAAGGGGUGACCCUAAGUGGUAUUUAGUGAUUGAUACAACUGAAGGAAUGUGUGGGAAGGUUCUGGUUUUACAAGCCCAAUUUGUCUUACAACAUUGCAGGCUUGGGCUGACCUCUAAUGUGUGCUCCUGACCACAGAUUACAGGGUAAGGGAGUGUUUCCAAGAAUAUCUUGUGUAUUAGAGGGUGCUUCAUACCAGAAUGAUUUACAAAUUACAGACUCUGUGCGCAGUACAGCCACCUCUGGGAUGCAGAGUGACAUAGCAAGGGUAGAAGAAAAGGGUUGGCAGAGGAUGUUGCUACACCUCACAGGUCUUAGUCACAGCCUCUUUUCCGGGUUUGGCAGCCCAGGAUACAUCCAGGGGCACACACCCCUCCCCUCUAGCUCCCUUUGUCAGCGAUUCUCUAACUGCAUCAGGCCUUCUUAAUGCUCAGCAUGGAGUGGGAGGUUUGCUUCGGUUGACUUGCCAAACUUCAGGAAGGUACUCGAUGCACUCAUUACAAUAGUGUGUGGAUUUUUGUUUGCACAACAGAACUUCCCCUCUGCAUGCCUUGCACCCUUCCCAAGUCUGUUCUGGAGAAGCUGCCAAAACAGGUUUUAGGGGCAUGCAGGGGGAGGUUCUGUUGCUCAAGCACAAAUCCUUGAACUAAAGGAAUGUGCUCCUCAGCAUUGCAUUGGAUACACCCCUUAUUUUCCAGCGAAGAAGCCCCUUUGGGUAGCAGAAGGAGCUCGCAGCACAUCCAGGCUUUCUGGAUUUCAUUCAUGUGGGAGGAACUCAGUUUGGCUCACAUUUAAAGGCAAACCUACCUAAUUCACACUUUCCAAAACAAUACGCAACUUGAAACACAUCUUUUGAAAUUUGCACAUCUCCCGAAUUUUGCAGUGCAGUUCUCCAGUCAAGUAAUGAGCACAAAAAAGCAUCUGUUAGGGUAAAGUGUGCAUAAAAAUGCAUAUGUAAGUGAAAAUAACAAUAUCAAAGGCAUUGUAAUUAGGAAAAUAUGCUUUGCAAGAAAAGAUAUGCGUGUUAAUGGAAAUUGCCUACCAAAAAGAGUGUGUUAGGGAAAGUUUGCAUUAAAGUGCUGGUGAACUUUCAUGAGGACUUAAAAUAGAAAAGGAGACUAAUAUGGAAUGUGGCUGACUGAACUUAAGACUGGGGAAAAUGAGAAAUGGAGUGAAACUGAAAUUGACAGGUUCACCCAGCCCUUUUCACAAGUUAGGAGCAUGCCAGGUUUUGAAACUGACUGAUGACUUCCUUCUCUGUUGCUACCUCUGGGUUGCUCCUGAAAACUCACCCUCCUGAUCUCAUCCUCUGCAUUCCCACUUACAAUUCCAUCUAGUGCAUCUGACUACAGCGUUUGCUAGGGCUGGGUGAUACCUGGUUUUCAACAUCAUGUUAUAUCGCCAGUUAAACAUUGUGAUAUACUGAUAUAUCACAAUGUCUGAAAUAAGAUUGGAGCUAUGUAGAAGCAUUGGCUGGCUUCAAUGCCAGCCAAUAGUGGCACCCUCCCUGUGGAACGCCCUCCCACCAGAUGCCAAAGAGAACAACUACUACCAGACUUUUAGAAGACAUCUGAAGGCAGCCCUGUUUAGGGAAGCUUUUAAUGUUUAAUAGGUUAUUGUAUUUUAGUGUUUUGUUGGAAGCUUCCCAGAGUGGCUGGGGAAACCCAGCCAGAUGGGCGGGGUAUAAAUAAAUUAUUAUUAUUAUUAUUAUUAUUAAUGGUUUUUCCCUUCAUCGUGAUUUUUGCUGGUGCCUUCUAUUGUGAUUUGCUGCCCCUUGCAUGAGGCAGGCGAGAACUGAGCAGGCAAAGUUAUCAGGGGCUGCAGAAAUCGAGAGAGGCGUUGCCUGGCUUCACUGUUUUUCCCACAUUGUGAUUUUUGCAUAGCACACACACACCAUGAUUUGCAAUAUAUUGCCAGGUCAAAAAUUAGGAAACCAAUUUCACGGUAUGGACUUCAAACCAGUUUUGGCCGUUGUAUCACCCAGCCCUAGCAUUUGCUGAAAGUUCCUUUUCUGCACCUGGGCAUCCCAAUAAUCAAGCAGGUAGCCAGGCCCAUGAUGUAAAUAUCCACCCACUUCGUCCUGGACAAUACCCUGCCUUUUGCCCUGUGUCCUCUAAAAUGAAAACAUCAGUAGCAUUUCCUUGUUUCAUAAACAAUGAGAUGGAAGUGCUGUCCUUUGUGAAGCUGGAGGUCUUUUUGCAAGCAAGAGGCUACCAUUGUGAUAACUGAGAAUUUGUAAGAACUCAUAACAUUGUAAGUUGUGCUACUGGUCUGUUGUACCAAAGUGGACAACAGAGUCUUGUGGCAGCUUCAGCUUUUUGGGUUCUGCAAGCCUAUGUUGCUUUUGUGACAACUUGGUGGAGAAAACAGGUCCUUGAUCAGUGAUUUUGUUCCCUGAGCUCCGAAUUGCAGAUUGCAGGAGGCAUCUGCAGUUUGAAGUAAUAAAAAUGACCCGAAGUUCUACUGGAGUCCAGAAGUAGCAGUGAUUUUGUGUGUGUCUGUGGGGAGUGACGCGUUGCAUGGGCUAUUCACAUUGGAACAGAUAACGAAAAUUAGCAGCUUGUGCUGAAUAUUGUGCUUCUCGUGCAAUCUAUUUCCUUUAAAAUGGUUUUCUAAAAAAUGUUUGAGUGAUUGUUGUUGGGUUUUUCCUCCUGUAAAACUGGUUGAUUAGGUUACACGUAAUUGCAUUAGUAAAGGAAGAGGCAGCGAGCCAUUAAGACAGGUGAAGUAGACUUCUUAAGAGAGAGAAACCUUCCCAUCUCCAUUACCCUCCCUCCUGCAUCUAUCUCCCUGACCUCCAUUUGCUGCCUUUCUGCUCAUCCACAGGGAUCCUUGUCUUUAGUGAUCACCCCUAUUAAAUGCACAGGGAUGUAGCUAUGUGGUGAUGCUCACUCUGCCCAAAUUACCAUUAGUUAUCUCUCUUUGGUGUUUAGCAGCCAGAGGAAGAGGGAUUUUAGUGCUGAAGGAAGGUUCCUUGAUUUGGUUUCAUGCUGGUGGAUUGAUUGAAAUGUAAAUCCCACUUUUAGCCGUCUAGGUCUCAAAGCAGCUGGCAACAGUCAAAAGUCUAUGCUAUACAAAAUUUAGAAUCUAAAUGAAACCUCAGAAAUGUAAACAUAGAGCACCGGAACAUUUUCAAGGGAAGCAUUCGUGAUGCAAAAGUCCCCUGAAAUAAUACUGUUUUAAACCAGGCAUCUGAAAUUUAGCAGGGACAGUGCCUGUCUGACUUCUAUUGUUUGGGAGUUUGGCAGAGUUGGGCCCAAAGCACUGAAGACACAACUUCUCAUUGAUUAAUCUGAGUCAUGGCGGACCACUAACAGUGCUUCCCCAGAUGAUCUCAGUUAUUGACUGCAAUAUGGUGCAAAUGGUGUUUUAAGAAGAUAGGAAAAGCCCUGCUGGACCUAGAUGGAAAGGGUCCAUCUUCUCAUCUAGCAUUCCGCUUCCCAGCUGCCAAGCCAAAUGCUUCUGAGAGGCAAGGUUUGGAUGCCAUUGCCCUGCCUCAAAGUUGUUUCCUGAUGUUUUAUAUUUAGGGGUCCUACAUAUCUGCUGUGGCUAACAGCUGCUGAUGAGCAUCUCUGCCUCUUCCAUUGAUUUGCCCAGCCAUUGAGACUAGUUGCCAUCACCACAUCCUGUGACACUGGAUUCCAUCAGUUAGCACCGCCUUCACCCCCGCUGCAUUUUGAGCUUUACUCUCUCUCUCUCUCUCUCUCUCUGUGUGUGUGUGUGUUUCUAAAUGUUAAAAAAAAGUAUGUUUUUAUUUUGUUUGUAGCUUGUACACACAGCUUCAAGUGGUGUUCUGGCGGCAGAAAGGCAGGACGGCAAUGCUAAAUAAAUAAGUGUGAUUUAUUCAUUUAUCUCUGUAUCUCGGCAACUGCCCCAAAUUAUAUAACUCAUUUGCAGAAUCACAGAAGCUUGAAAGAAGCGUUUUAUUUUUAUCCUUGCAGGAUUAAUGUCGCCCUCUUUGUGCGUUGACAGAGGCCUUUGUGUGCAGGUGUUAACUUUUGAUGUUUUAUUGUAUUAUUAGAUUUCUGCGUUGCAUUGCCUAGAGGACUAGGUUUAUUAGGCAAUGAUUUGUUGUAAAUAAUACAGUUCCACCAUGCCGACUGUUCUGUGUACAGCCAUGGGCAGAGAGGUGCUAGAUCUUAGAUGCUGUACCUCUGAGUGAAUGUUGUCUGGCUGUGGACCAGGUUUGUCCCUUCUGCCCUUUCAUGGCUCUCUGGUCCAGAAGCAGCUUGCCAGCUGGGAUGGAGCCACUGUGCUGGCUUCCUGGCAGUUGGAUCACCAUUGUGUAUCAGGAGGGCACAGUAGUGUAGCGGCAAAUUCAGAAGUGCAGGGCCCCUUCAUGACAGUCGCAGCCACACACCCUCUCAGCCAUGCCCCCUUCUAAGUUUAUACCGCAUUCUAAUAAUGCAGUCAUUGUAUGAUUAUAUCAUCAUCACAACUGGGGAUGUAUUGCAAUGAUCUAUGCAGAUCUCCAUGUGUUGCCUUUCACCUGCUGUUUUCUGUGCACAUAGAUGGGCGGGUGUUUUGGAGUGUCCUGGUAUCAUCAUAGGUUAUGUUGUCUGUGCAGUGCUGUUGUAUGUAACAAAGCAUAUGCACCAUUCUCUUGAAACUGGAGCGUCUUGUGUUUUCAAUGUCUCCCGAAACUUAGCUUUGGAGAAUACAGGACAACUUGGUAUGCUUCCCAAGUGCCUUCUCCAGAGUGAUCCUCGUUGGCUGACUCGCCUCUUUUCACUCUGAUUGGCUGCUGUCAGCAGAAAAAGGUGAAAAUACUUCUUUGCAGUGGUUCAAAAGCUCUUCUUUCCUGCUGAUUGGGCAACUCUAGGAUGCUGGAGAGAGACACCUUGCUGCCAAAACCGGUCUCCAACCCCAAACUUACGCACCACUGGGGAAAGACGAGGUGGCAUGGAGGUUGUUGUGGAGCCAGUUUGGCACUCCUGCCAGUGCAUUUGAACUUCAUCGACCUCCCUGCUGUCUCACCCCUCCUCAUCUCCCUCCCACUAAGGAAGAGGGAUCUGCCUUCCAGGAAGCUAGUACAGAGUCCCCACCCAGUGAGCUGCUUCUGAUGGGGCCCUAGCACAAAUGCAACCCAACUCUAUGUAUUCCAGUGCAUGAUUCCAUGUUUCCCCCCAUCAGCCUGCCUUGUGGGUAGGGGGGGAAUGUGACGUCAAAGGAAGUGUGUCUGAAAUCCACUAAUGGUGGGCAGAAUCUCCUCUACAGGGCUUUGAGAAAUAUCUCAAGGCAUUGCACAUUUCAAGUAGUACUUUCUGUGAUAGCUCCCUGUCUGAGGAAUAUUCUCCCACUGGGCACCAACUUUGGCAGUAUCCUACCACUUUAAGCAGUCAUGGCUUCCCCCAAAGAAUCCUGGGAACUGGAGUUUAUUAAUGCAGGUAACAGCUGUUACUGCUUUAAUGUACAGUGUGGAGGAGGCUUUGUCAUCACUACGGUGUCAGGCAGCCCCAGACAUUUGUUUUCUGGGCAUGCUUUUAUUCUAACUAUGUUUAUGUAUUUUUAAUUGCACUUUAUUCUCAUUAUAAAUUGCUUUUUGUGAGAAACAAUGCAUAAAUUCAAUGGGCCUAACUUAACCUGCCAGCUUCCAGCUGCAUGCUUCCUUGUCCAUGUGAUGAGAGACCAUUUUACUCACUGGCUUCCCCCACUUGGCCUGAGAAACCAUGAUGGAGAGUCCUCUAGAUUCCUCUCAUCAUCCCUGGCUAUGGGCCUUGCUGGCCAGGACUGAUGGAAGUUGGGAGUCCCACAACAUUUGGAGGGUCACUGCUCGCACCCCAGCAAAAGGGAGUUGCCACUGAGCAGAUGAUUGCUACUGUAAAUAAUACAGCAAACAAAUAACAGAAAUUGGGGAGAUUUUUCUAAAGAACGGGAUGCAGGGUGCAUACCAAAGCAGUCCCUUGUCGAGCAAAAACGAGGGGAGGAAACGAAAGGAAAGAGUCUUGAAUCCACCAGAGAUCCAAAUUUAGCCUCUCAUACAAUGGAUGUGAGCAGGCCAGCGGAAACUGUGAUGGACCUUGGCUGGUUUGUCAGUAUAGAUUUGAAAACAGCAAAUUCUUACUGAAGGUCAUUUGCUAAGGUCCAUCAUUGCUGACUCUUGUGACUUUUGGAAAAUUGAUAGUGCAGCAUUCAUUUUUCAUUAUCAUCACAAGCAGUUCAUUAGCUGCCAGCUCUUUUACUAAGGUUUGUUUGUUUGUUUAUUAUUAUUAUUAUUAUUAUUAUUAUUAUUAUAUUUUUAUUUCAGAACAGUGUGGAAUGGAAUAUACACAUUUUCUCUUAAAUGAUUUAAGUUCAUAGGGGAGCAGCUAUUGCCAUCUCUUUGUCCCAAUAGGCCUGGUUGGCACAUAACGCUGUCCAAGAUAAUUUAGAUCUGCAUAAAUGUUCAAAGAGGAGAAACCAAAAUGAUCAAAGAAAUGGAGUGGCUCCCCUAUGAGGAAAGGUUGCAGCAUUUGGGACUUCUUAGUUCAGAGAAAAGGCAAAGAAAAUGUGACACAAUAGAAGUUUAUAUAUAAAAAAAUAAGUUUGGCAUGGUGAAAGUGGAUCUAGAGAAGUUUAUCUCCCUCUCUCACAACACAGGAAGCCCAUGGACAUCCAAUGAAGCAAAAUGUUGAAAGGUUUGGGACAGAUACAAGAAAGUAGUUGAAGGAAUGUCUUCACCUCCAUUGUUCUGCCCGGACACUGAGGUCCAGCGCCGAGGGCCUUCUGGUGGUUCCCUCGCUGUGAGAAGCCAAGUUACAGGGAACCAGGCAGAGGGCCUUCUCAGUAGUGGCACCCGCCCUGUGGAACGCCCUCCCACCAGAUGUCAAAGAGAAAAACAACUACCACACUUUUAGAAGACAUAUGAAGGCAGCCCUGUUUAGGGAAGCUUUUAAUGUUUAAUAGACGAUUGUAUUUUAAUAUUCUGUUGAAAGCUGCCCAGAGUGGCUGGGGAAAUGAGAGUACCUCUAAACAUAUAUUUUUUUAGAAAAAAAAGCAGUGGGGUAUAAUUGGGUGGGGUAUAAUUAAUAAAUUAUUAUUAUUAGUAGGAGUAGUAGUACUCAUUUACACUGCAAACUUGCUCGCCCCAAAAGGCAGUGGUGGCCACCAACUUGGAUGACUUUAAAAGAGGAUUGGACAAAUUUGUGGAGGAGAAGUCUACAAAUGGCUACUAGCUACAAGGGCUAUGCUCAGUCUCCAUGGUCAGAGGCAGUAAUGUUUUUGAUUACCACUGUGCCGCUUGGGCUUGCCGAUCGAAAGGUUGGCGGUUCAAAUCCCCACAAUGGAGUGAGCUCCUGUUGCUCGGUCCCAGCUCCUGCCAACCUAGCAGUUCGAAAGCACAUCAAAGUGCAAGUAGAUAAAUAGGUACUGCUCCAGCGGCAAGUAAACGGUGUUUCCAUGCACUGCUCUGGUUUUGCCAGAAGCAGCUUGGUCAUGUUGGCCACAUGACCCGGAAAAACUGUCUGAGGAAGCGGACAGACACCAGCUUCCUCGGCCAGUAAAGCGAGAUGAGUGCUCCAAUCCCAGAGUUAUUCGUGACUGAACUUAAUUGUCAGGGGUCCCUUUACCUUUACCAGUGUCUAGAAAUUGCAGGAGGGGAGAGGGCUCUUGUGCUUGGGUUUUGCUUGCAGGUUUCCCACUGGCGUCUGGCUGUCCACUGUAACAGCUCCUACUCUGGUUCCACAGGUGGAACUUGUUCUCUGGACCCUUCUGUGCCUAAUUGGGCAGAGGUGGUGCUUAAAAGAUCACAAGGAGAUGCCUGGGUUGGGCCAGGACCCCAUCUACUUCAGUAGUCUUCCCUGCCCGUGAGCUACCAGAUAGAUGGCCUUCAGAGGACCACAGAUGGGUGAUAAUGGAGACAAGGGAGGGCCUUCCAUGUCAGAGGUAGACCACUCCUGCAUGUGGAGUUUUUGACUCACCUGUUUUUUGGUGUGACACUCUCUUUCCUGGUUAGGAGAGCAGUAGUCAGUGCUGACUGUCUGCCCCGCUUCCUCUUUUGCCCUUUUCAGCAAAGUUCUCCUGAAAGCGAAUGACCCAUAUUUCAGUUGACUUUGAGGGAGGAAGAACUCUGGUGCAAAGGAUUUCUUGCCUUCAUCUGAGCGAGUCAAAGAUGGAGAUCCACCCACAACCCCAGCCUGGCUCAGGAAGACCACAAACAUUUAAACGUGUAUAAUAAUGUACUAAGAUGUUGCCGAUUAAUCCAUUGCAGCAAUAUAAAUUAGUUUUGGGUGCAUUUGUGUAGGGGAGGUGUUCUGGUGUGCUUUUAUAAUGGCAGGCAAAAUGAGCAUAUUUAAGGUGAGCUUUCCUUCCAAAAACGGAUGGCCUUUUUUGUUCAUUUAAAUUGUAAGCUACUUGGGCUUUUUUCAGUGUUCAAAGGGCAUCCUUUUUCAGGUUUCACUGAUAUGCACAUCUAAACUUUACCAUGUAAAAGGCAGGUAACGUAAUGUUUGAAAUGCUUGGCAGGCCAGAUAGCAGCAUAGGAAGUUGUGCUAUACCAAGACAGGGUAGCUAAUUUUAUCUGUCCAAUCCAUCCCAGUUCUGCAAGGAGGCAGGAUUAAAUCUGCCCCAUCCCAUCCCUGCAAGGAUUUUUAAUGGGAAAUCCUGAAAACAAAUGUGUGUUCAAAGAAAAUAUAUUUCCAAGAAACAGAGGCAGUGCUACUGCAGCCUUCGGACCUUCUCCCAAAGGAAUCCCCAGGGCUGUAUGUACUGAACUAGUCCCAUGAUUCAAUCUGGGUAGCAAUCUGCCUGGAUUAAAUCACGUGAGUCCAUUUAGGAAUGUGAUUUUGGCAGGUUCCUCCCCCAUCUCUAUUCCAAUCCCUACUAAGAGACGAAGAGGAUUGAACCUGGGACCUUCGGCAUCCAAAAGAUUUGCCGAAUCUUGAUCACUGCAUGUGCAAAUAUGGUUUCUGCGCAAAAGAAGCCAACCCUGUGCAGGGAGUGAUCUCCCUGUCUUUGAUAACCCCACUCUCGUUUUUUCAAAGAUUAAUUGCACCAAUAAAUAUUUGUUAUGCGCUUUGUGGCUCCUUGAAUUCGCAGGAAGUGUACACAACCUUAUCUUCUAGCCGGAUAGGUUUACAUCUGGGGUUGUUAAUUAGAGCUUUCUGGGCUUGCUAAUGAGAGCUUUAGGCUCCUUCCACCACCCAUCCGAGUGUUUUCCAGUGGGGUGUGCCCAGAUCCCUGCAUUUAAUGUGCAGAUUAUUCAGAAUCAGCAUUAAUAUCCUGGCUGGCUUGCCUUGCAGCCAAACACUUCUGCGUAGAGGCCCAGGGCUGUUUAUGUGGUGCAGGGAGUAAAAUAAGGAGCUGAAAGGUUGAUGUUGCUACAGAGACAUGGUUGAUUCAUGCUCUUUCCCAGCAAUUUGCAGCAGAGGUGUGAACCCAUUUAUUAUUAUUAUUAUUAUUAUUAUUAUUAUUAUUAUUAAUUGAAUUUAUAUCCUACCCUUCAUCUCUAAACAGCCCAAGGUGGCAAGCAUAGAUACAAUUUAAAAACAAAGCUAAAACACUCUAAAACAGUUACAAUGUUCUAAAAACAAGUACAUUUUAAAUCCUUCCAUUCAUACAACCAUCUUGGAGGUUGACAUAAAAACAUAAGAAGUCAGUGACGUGCGGUGAAUUUUUUCAUAGGGGGAAAGUUAGGGCCAGAGGUGCCAGCUUGUGAGGGCAAUGUGGGGGGCAUGUGAGCAUCCUAAGCCGAGCAGAAGCUUCCCAAGCUUUGGGAAGGAGGUGUCAGGCUUUAAUACUUUAAUACGCUGAUAUACUGGGAACAUUUAGGGGAAUAGCCUAGUCCUGCUGGGCCACUGACUGCAUGCCACUAGUAAGAAGGAUUUUGCUGGAUCCAAGCAAAGGCCUAUCGGGUCCAGCAUCUUGUUCCUACAGUGGCCAACCAUAUGUUUCUGGGAUGCCCACAAGGAGGGCAUAAUGAUCCCUCACCUGCCCUGACUCUCCAGCGAGUAGCAGUCAGUGUCAUGCUGCCCCCAAACCCUUAGCAGUGCAUGCAGACGUCAUUGGGGGGAGGAGGAGCUAUAGGGAAUUCCCCCCUCCAUGAACAUGCCUAAUUAUCUUUUAAAGCUCUCAAUGUCCAUGCCCACAUCGUGCGGCAGCAACAUGCAUAGGUAAAUUGUGUACUGUCCUCAUGGCCGCUUGCACGUCACCAAACAAAGGGGACACAGAUUUGUGUAAGAUUGGCAUCAGUUACAUUUGAACAUUGAAGGGACGCGGGUGGCGCUGUGGAUUAAACCACAGAGCCUAGGGCUUGCCAAUCAGAAGGUUGGCGGUUCGAAUCUCCGUGACGGGGUGAGCUCCCAUUGCUCGGUCCCUGCUCCUGCCCACCUAGCAGUUCGAAAGCACGUCAAAGUGCAAGCAGAUAAAUAGGUACCGCUCUGGCGGGAAGGUAAACGGCGUUUCUGUGCACUGCUCUGGUUCGCCAGAAGUGGCUUAGUCAUGCUGGCCACAUGACCCGGAAGCUGUAUGUCGGCUCCCUCGGCCAGUAAAGCGAGAUGAGCACCGCAACCCCAGAGUCGGUCACGACUGGACCUAAUGGUCAGGGGUCCCCUUUACCUUUACAUUUGAACAUAAGAUGUUGCCUUCAAAUAAGUCAGACCGUUGGUUCAUCUAGCUCAGCUCUGUCUACACUGGCUGGCAGUGGUGCUCCAGGAUUUCAGAGAAGUUUCUCUCCCAGACCUACCUGGAGGUGCCAGGGAUUGAAUGUGCAGGCACAGCAGAUGCUCCAAGCCUUCGCGACGACCCUUCCUCCCAGUGUUAAUUUGGACGCAUAGAUACAACUUUAGAAAUAGCUAUUCAAAUAGAGAUAUAAUACCUGGAGGAGAAGGCUAUUGCCAUGGAGAAGAAGGCUCUCAUUGGCUGCUAGCCGUGAAAGUUCUGCUACGCCUCCACUAAUGGACACAGGAAUGCUUCUGAAAACCAGUUCCUAGAGACGUCUGGAGGGGAGAGGGCUCUUGUGCUCAGAUUCUGCUGGAGGUAUUCCUAUUAGGGCAUCUGGUUGGCUACUGUGAGAACAGAAUGCUGGACUAGAUGGGCCAUUGACCUGACCCAACAGGGCUGCUGUUAUGUUCUUAUGUUCAUUCUCCCCAUAAUGAGGAGUACUAGAAACAGUUGACCUGCAGGUCUCCUCAUUCCUCUAUUCAGGUGCUGGCCAUCGAUGGGCAAUUUCUAAACCUCUCCUCUUCUCCCAUAUUAUUAUUAUUAGACUUAACAUAGACCAGAUGACCAUUCAAACAGAAGAAUGUCCUCUAUAAAGAAGGGUGAAUAGGCACCAAACCUGCCAACCAGUUUCAUCGGAAGAUCCUAAGCUCUAGUACUAUUUGAGAAUGUGUUGGGGCUGGUUUCUCCAUACCACCCAUAACAAGAUUGGUUCGCCCCAGAAAUGAAUUGAUUCAGUGUGGCAGUGCCUGUGGGGUUUUUUUGGCCAGUGAAGCCGUCAAAGGAAGAAAGGAAAUGUGGCUUAGAACCCCUUGAUAAUGAGCAGCAGCAGUUGCCUGUCAUUGGGGGUUAUUUUGUGUCAUUGGUAAUUGUCAGCCUCAAGGGAAGGAGGCUAUAAUUAGCAUGUGUGUUUAUCAAAGAGGGAAAAUGGUCUUUAAAAGAUUGGGUGGCUUUUGUUGUUCACUAAAUUGCAGGAGCAGAUGGCGCGUGCUUUAGCAAACCUCCCCCUGAGGACCUUCUGUGAUGGGUCUGGUUUGUAUGAACUGGGAAGGAGGUGAGGCUGGACUGUACUUAUGCUUGGAAUGGGCAAAUCAGUCAGUCUUUGGCCCACAUCCAUUAUGUAUGUGUUCGAUGCUAAGUCCAUUCUGUCUCUUUUCCCCAAGUGAGCCAGUGGGAGUAUCAGACUAGGACCUAGGAGACCAGGGUUCAAAUCCUCACUCAGCCAUGAAGCUGACUGAGUGAACUUUCUCGGCUUAACCUACCUCACAGGGUUAUUGCGAGGAUUGUACGAGGGGGAGAACCAUGUAUGGCACCUUGAGCUCCUUGGAGAAAGAGGUGGGAUACACUGGGCAACAAUUUUUUACUUUUUGAAUGUUGUCUAGAUUUCUACAACUGAUUUAGGGUAUUUUUGCACUGCUGAAUCAGGAAAUGGCAUCUGUUUCUCUCCAUCAGGUCAGGUUUACUGUAAACUGAAUGGUGGACAUUGAUAAAGGUAAGUACACGUAAAUUGCAUGUUGCUUCACCAUUUUUCAAACUUCAGGGCUUGAACUUCCGUUUCUUGGAACUCCUGGAAUGCUCAGCGGCAGGGAGGUCUCUCUUCAGAGUCCAACAGUAGUCAGCCAUCAUGACUGCGUCCCAGCGACCCUGAUACCUGGUCUCCAUCUCUUUCAUGUCCUGAUGGAAUCUCACCCUGCUCGUCACUCAUUGAAGCCAGGUUCUCAGGAAACCAGUCCAUAUGUGAAAAUAGGUAGUGCAUCUUGACGCUCAUGUUGCAGCCCAGGUUUCUGAAAGCAGUCAACAUGUUGUUGACAAGUUCUGCGUAGUUUCUGGCCUUAUUGUUGCCAAGAAAGUUCUUCACUACCAGAACAAAUGCCUUCCACGUUUCCAGUUCCACUUCGUUCAUUGAGUUUCCGAACUCUGGAUCUCUGAUGAGCUGACGGAUCUGAGGACCGUCAAAGAUGCCAGCUUUCAACUUCUCCAUGGUCAAUCCUGGAAAAGCCUGGCACAAGUAAGUGAAGCAGUCACCAUCCUUGUCCAGAGCUUUGGUGAACUGCUUGAUUAAGCCGAGCUUGAUGUGCAGCGGUGGGAAGAGUAUUCUGUCUCUGUCCACCAGAGGGUUGUUGAUGACGUUCCUUUCUUUGCAAGGCACCAAUUCCUCCCACACAGGCCAGUCCUUCUUCGUGUAAUGCUGAGCACGGUCCCUACUAUCCCACAUGCACAGAAAACAUGGGUACUUGGUGAAGCCAGACUGUUGUCCCAACAAAAGUUCACCAUCUUCAGGUCAACACAAACAAACCACUUAUGCUGAUCAUAACCAAUUUUCUCCAGCACAUACUUCACCGCUUCAUAGUUCUCCUUCAGUGUAGUCGAGUGAGCCAGGGGUAUAGAGGCAAACUGGUUGCCGUUGUGUAGCAGAACACAUUUCAGUGAUCGCUUGAUGCUGUCAAUGAACAGUCUCCAAUCUUUGGGUUCUUACUGUGGCACUCCAAGCUUGAGCAGAAGCUGCGCAAUAUCUGCACAGUACACCAAGUCCUCUUCCGAGAAAAAACAGAAGUACUCUUGAUGCCUGUUGCGGAAGAAGCUGAUGCGAGCACUGUCAGAGAGGAGGUUUUUUUCCUUCAAUCUGGAUGCCAACAGUUCGGCAGAGUCCUUUGACAAGCUGAGGUCGUGAACUAGAUAAUUCAGCUCCUUUUGGGAAAAUGGAUGUGGAGCUUCAUCUUCAAGAACCACUUCUUCUUCUUCAUGUCCUUCAACACUGGAGGCAUCUUCGUCACUAAUGUCAGGAAGUUCUCCGAAGAUAGGCACUGGAAUUUCAUCACAAUGAGCUACAGGACGACGUGCUGAUUGAAGAUCAGGAUACUUGAGGCUGCUCCAGUUCUUUCUGUUGAUCCCACCAAUUUAUGGAGCCGCACCAAUUUAUGGAAGAUUUCGAGGUUUUAUGACUUCAAACUGAUCCCUUUUCGACAUAAUCACCCAGAAUACUUCUUGUCAUUAAAAUAAUCAUUUCCAAUCAAAACAAUUAUUCAACAUGGCAUUUUACCCCCACCAACUUCUUCUAAAAUGCUUCACACAAGCGUACAUGUGAACAAAAAUGUAAAAAAAGACAUGUGCCCAUAGCUCAAAAACUUGACCUGCUUGAGCAAAACCAAUGUGAUUUUUGGAUUCAGCGCAUCAGAUUCAACUGGAAAAAUGCAGACAACAAAUUUGUUGUUGACCAGUGAUAUCAAUGCAAUAAAUAAUAAUAAAAAAAAACUACACAUAGAUAAUGUCUUUUGUCACAGAAAACAAAUUUAAAUACAGUGGUACCUCGGGUUAAAUACACUUCAGGUUACAGACUCCACUAACCUAGAAAUAGUACCUCGGGUUAAGAACUUUGCUUCAGGAUGAGAACAGAAAUUGUGUGGCGGCGGCACAGCUGCAGCGGGAGGCCCCAUUAGCUAAAGUGGUGCUUCAGGUUAAGAACAGUUUCAGUUUAAGAACGGACCUCCAGAGCAAAGUAAGUACGUAACCAGAGGUACCACUGUAUGCAUUUUUAUCUCAGUGCACAGAUUCCUAAAUGCAUGUUAUUUUAAAAAAUAUUUUUUUAACACACUUCGAUAAUCUUUUUAGCUGUGUUGCGAAAUUCUGAGGUGUCCACAUUCCAAAGGAAGGCCUACUUGUUGGUUUAGGAGAUGCAAACCAGUUCAGUAUGGAUUGAUAUUCAUAGGUGCUGAAUUCAAAUGAAGGUUCAUUGCCUUAAGUGGUCACAGUGAAGAACGAUGUCAGCAAAAUGGGUGACAAACCACCCUUCCUCACAGCCUUACCCUUUGCCAAAGAGUCUUGCCCAAGUAGCAGGGUCCUCUGGCUGUGUCCCCCUGACACCAUCAACCUUGGGGUCCCACUCCUCAGUGCUUUCCUAGGUCUUUAUAAGCUCCAAAAGCCGUCUAGGAUGCUAAACAAAACACACACACUUCCAGGUUCCUAGGGCCGCUACCUUAUCACAGGGAAGCUGCAAUUGGUAGAGGGCUGGGGAUCAAGAACUGUGAUCCUCCCACUUCAUCUUCUCCAGGAGAAGGAGAUGUUCUACCACUGAGCCAUUCUGACGGCAUCCAUCACUGUCCACACCAAAAGGGACCCUAGAGAACAUUUAGCUGUAUCCUGCCUUAGAAUAAAGUAGCUAAAAUGUGUAAAGGGACGUAAGAAAAUGCUUCUUAUAUUGUCCAUCUAGCUCAAAAUUUGUCUACCCUGAACUGGCAUCAAUUAUCCGGGAUCUGGGACAGAAUCAUUGUGCGUUAUUUGCUAUCUGAGCCUUUAAAUUAUACACACACCCACACCCUGGAGAUAUCAAGGACUGAACCUGUGUCGUCCUGCAUGCAAAACAUGUGCGAUCUACCACUUUCCAAUAAUCCCCAUUUGUAGAGGUGGAGAACAUGUGGCCCUUCAGAUGUUGCUCCCAUCAUCCCCCAGCAAGGAUGGCCAGUGAUGAUGGGACUUGUAGCUGCCGGCAGCCUCUCCCACUGCUCAGUCAUUGGACUGUGUCUGUCUUGCUCUUCUGAACUCAGUCCAGUUUGUGGGAUGAUUGAGAGGCGCCAACAAAGACGAAACCUCCACAGUUGCUAUGAACCUGGAGGAAUUAAAAGACAAAGAAAAGAAAGAAAGAAAACCGGUUGACAAGCUGUCCCAGGUUUUGGAACGCUGCCCCUUCUUAGUCUGUUCAGUGCUUAAUUGCAAUAUACAUGUAUUUGGGUAAAUUACUGAAACUAAGUUAUUUCCAGCUGUGUGUGGGAGGUGGAAGGGAGCCAAAGUUGCUGCUUACAGAGAGGCCUUUGCUUUGUCAUUUGUUUGGUUUGGUUUUUUUGUUACAGCUUUUUUAUUGGGGGGAAUCUCUCACACAUGCACUCAGUCUCUCUCUCACUCACAGAAAGAGAGAGAGAGAGAGAGAAUACAUUUCUUCUAUAGAUAGUCCAUUAGGGCAAAUGGGGCCCUGCCCCACCAAUGUCAGUCUUCCAUCAACCAGCCCAUAUUCUUACUUACCUCCAGUCCAGCGUGCAGCACUUGCUAUCUGAGUCCUUAUCUGUCUCAGUGUUGUCCUUAUAGAACUCAGUAGGGAGGAAGAGGAUGAGGACAAAAGUAGAGUUGGUUGGCUCUUCUGCCUGUCAUUAGCUCUGGCGCCACCUACUGUUGGCCUCCCUGCCUUUCCCCCCAACAGGCACCAGCCACUACUAAGUAAGCAGGGACACAAAGGCAGAGGGUUAACAAAAACCUCUUGGUUGUUAAAAAUGAAUUGGCUUUAAAAGAAUUCAAACUAUUAUUAAAAUCAGCACUUGAAAAUAUGCAUUAUGAACUGAACUGCAUAUUAAAGUACACAAUAUCCAUUGUAGCUCCAUUAAGAUCCAAUGCAGCACCGAGUGAAAGUCACUUAGGUUAUGCUUAUUUCACUGGCAAAAUGGUUUUGCGCCAAGAGGACGUUGUUGCAGAAGAGAAUGCAUAAGCAGUUCACUGUUGUGCAGUAUAUUGCACGAUCUGUUGUGCAGCGAGUUUCCACAAGCACAUCUGUUGCACUGGACUCCUCUGUUGUGCUAUGUUCAAACUCACCCGCUCUUGUGCUAGCAGACAGAGAACAUCAGAUACAGCCCUAUGUUCCUAUCCAGAGGUAUUGUACCCGGGCAAAGCAGCUCUCAUAAUGAGUUAACGAUACACUAAAAUAAUUGUCACUGGAGAAUGGCACGACAAAGAGCUGCCGUAACCAAAAUACAUACCAGGCUGCCGGUUUAUAAGAACAAUGUAGCUAUUGUGUUGCAAAAGCAGAACUUGGCGCCCAAGCAAAGACUGAAAGAGAAUAAUGUUUUGUUUAUUACGGAAGUGAUGAAAUUUAACAGAAGCUUGUUUUUCCUUUGGUUUCCACCCCCCCUUCCUUUCCCUGAGACAUGUUUAUUUCCAUUGCUGAAUGUCGAAUGCAGACUUAGAUGAGAGGAAAUGGAUUGUUUCUUCAGUGGUGCAAAUUUUGGAAUCUCACACUGCGAGUGUAGGAUCCUCAGUCCUAAGAAAGAUGCAUCCAUGAAGUGACCUGCACCAGCCAAAACUUUAUCUUGUACCGAACCUUUUCUCAACUGUUUAACUGAAUUGGCAGGCAGCUUGGGAUCAUGCGGUCAGGUGCUCCACAUUGCAGUGUCCCUGACUGUGCAAAGCUCACAUGUGGGGUGAACCUCUGGGAGCAGGGCUGGACGCAGCAUUCAAAAUUCACCAGGUUCCAGGUGCAUUUUGCACCUGGUUAUCAGUCACUUGCGACCAAGUGAAGAUGCUCAGGAGCCAGGAUGGCACCUGAUGCUUCCACCAUCUGGAGCUGCUUGCCUGGGAAUCCUUGGAUCUUGACUGCUUUCAACACAUCCUUGUAGAAUUCUGCCUUUGAUAGUCUAUCUGCACAAUCGGAACGAAUUUCAGGAACCAAAAUGCCGUACUGAAAAAUAUAACUUUCACACCAUCUGACCCCCAAAUAGCAACUAGACAUUCCAUUUUGGCAACGGUAACCCUGGUUUAAGGAGCCAUGGUUUCAGUUGCCAAAACAGAAUGCCUUGUUACCGUUUGGGGGCCAGACGGCUCUAAAGUCCUGUUUUUCGGCACAGUUUUUUGGUUCCUGAAAUUCGUUCUGCUUGUGCAGAUAAAAUAUAACAGAAAGAAUUCUACAGAAUGUGUUGAUAGUCUGCAAAAACAGUCAAGAUCCAAGGACCCCCAGUCAUGCACCUUAAGUCGCAAGGGACCGAUAACCAGGUGCAAAAUGCGCCUGGCAAAUUUCAAAUGCUCAAUGUGCCUGCUAAGCAUGCCCAGUUUUGCGGGGGUUUUGCGCUUCUACAAAUGAGGCCGAACAUGCUCCUCACAUUCCAGGAUACAGUGGUACCUCGGGUUACAUACGCUUUAGGUUACAGACCCCGCUAACCCAGAAAUAGUGCUUCAGGUUAAGAACUUUGCUUCAGGAUGAGAACAGAAGUCGUGCUCCGGCGGUGCGGCAGCAGCAGGAGGCCCCAUUAGCUAAAGUGGUGCUUCAGGUUAAGAACAGUUUCAGGUUAAGAACGGACCUCCGGAACGAAUUAAGUACUUAACCCAAGGUACCAUUGUAGUGUUCUAAGGGGCUACAUGAGGAUUCGUACUUGGAGAAUAAAUCUUCCUUGGUAUAGAAUAGCUUUCUCGAACCUGGAUCCUUCCAGAUGUUUUGGACAUCUCCCAUCACACCUAACCAUUGGCUCUGCUGUUUGGGGGUGGCGGGAGUCAUUCCCCAAAACAUCCAGAGAGUCCCAGGUUAGAGAAGGUUAGUAUUUAGGAUUUCCUGACACGAAUCAAAGGUUCACUUGCAUAGGAUUUCUUGGUGGAGUCCCCUUCAGGCAUUGACUGGACUUGGACCUGCUUGGCUAUAGGGAGGUUGCUUCGCCAUCUACCUCCCAGAUUCCGCUUUCAGACCCAGCGCUUCGACGUUAACUCCAAAGUAUCCUCGAAUAGACUAGAUUCCUGCCGCCGCCACCUCUUUAAAUCUGGAACUCCUGAUGGCCCCAUUCUUAAAGUUCAUCCUCACUGAUAACGCCUUGUAAAUUUGAAAUUCCGCUCGCCCAGCAGCCCCGCUGAAUGUCGCUCACUUGCAUGCGCAAGGCUGGGCUCAAAGUGCCCAUGAAAUAAUGUUGGCAGUAAUUAGUUGGGUUAACAUCACCAGCGCUUACUGUCUGCCACCUGGGCACUCCAAACAGAUUUACCACCAGGAAAGAAGAGGUGCGUUUGUUGGCAGAAUGUUUGGGAAAGACAUGAAUCUUGUUUAAGGAUAUGGUGUUGAGUGGCACCCUGAAUGGGGCUCUUGUUUUCUCCUUUCCACCAGCGCUGCCUUCCUGCUGCUUCAUGCCAAAUUUGAGACAGUCCUCCAGAUUUAUCGCGUCAAGCAAGCAUUCUUAUCUGCACCACACAAGUUUCUCCAAAGCAACAAGUUUCCGUGCAUACAAUGCAAAUGCUUCCUUCUCCUCCUUCUCCAGCUUUUGACCCUGUUGAGUUGGCUUUUCUAGUUUGCAUUUAAAAAAAGAAGAAGCAAACUUUAAAUAAUAAUAACUUUUAAAAGCCUAUUUAGUAGGAGGAGAAACUUUUUCGUUGAUUCACUUUGCGUGUGUUUACUACUGUUCGUUGACUUAAAUAUUUUGAUUCUUGCGAUGGUUGCAGAGGAUAUUGGGCACAUGCACACCAUACAUGUAAAACGCUCUUACAUCACAGUUGUGGCUUCCCCAGAAGAGUCACAGGAACUAUAAUUUGGUAAGGGUGCUGGGAAUUGUAGCUCUGGAAGAGUCUCCUAACAACUCACAGCACUCAUAACCUGAGGAUUGGCUAUGCUAAGAUAGUCAUGAUCUCUCUCCUUCUAAUUGAUUCUUACGCACUUGAAACCAAACCAUGGUUUAGUGUGCACAAGCAAAUGUUUGGUCUGCUGGAGCUCUCUCAGGGCCACUUUUCUCCUCCCUGGUCGUUCUGCUGCUGUGUCACAUAGAACUAAGCCACUAGGCUCAUAAUCCAUGCUCUCUUCAGACAAACCAUGAGCGGUUACCAAGGUUUCAUCUAUGGUUCACAACUCCUGGUUUGUUUGGGAGAGCUAAAUCACGAGCCAAGGUUCAGGCAACAGACUAAGCCAAGCCAUGGUUUAUCUCAGCACAGCCCAGCAGCAAAAUAACCAGAGAGGAGCAAUGCAGCUGUGAUCUCUUCAGGAACCCACACAUUUCCUUGUCUGCACUAAACCAUGGUUGGUUUAUUUCCUGCUUCACACUGAGCCAUGGUUUGACUUAGAACUGUGUGUAAACUGAGCCAAAAUACCUGCACUUAUUUGAUCCAAAUACCUAUAGAUUAGAAACCUUGGUUUGUGUGUACAGGAAAUGAGUAGGCAUAGCACAGGACUCUUUGUGUGUAUUUCCUCACAGCCUGCAUUUCCGCACAAGGAAGAAAUUACACUUCUUAGAGAGCUGUAGGUGGUGACAUCUCAAGGCUACAUGCAAACAAGUUCUGAUUUGCACCAUAAAGCCGUCUGCAUCAUGAAUAAUUUUAGACAGAAAAACCUUUCUGCCAUCAUCCUCUGUUCCAGAGCCAAAAGGAAGUGUACUAUGGCAACCAAAUUACAUCUCCCUCUGCCUGUAUCCCUAAAGGUACUGCUUUUUAUUUUUUAAAAAACAUGCCUGAUUCAGAAUGCGUUAUUGCAUACCCUGCCGUUUGAGGGCUUAUCUCUCUUUCAUUAAAAAAAAUAAAAAUGAAUCUAUUUCUGUGGAAAUGUCUGCAUUAAUUGCUUCGCUCCUGCAGCAUGCACACUGCUUCGUUGAUUCACAUAUUUUGUUCCGAAAAAGAGAGGGGAUGUGUGGCAAUUGCAUAGCCCCCAGUAAUGCCCAAGGUUUAUUUGCCAAAUACAAAUUUGUAGCUCAAUCCUGCAGUGAGCUGCAAAAAGCAAUAAAUAAGUUACUAAAAAUGGAUAGGUGCAAAGAACCUUAAGAAAUGUCUUAUCUGAACAUGCCUGAGCAUUAAGAUCCACAUUAGAACCCUUUACGGGGCUGUUGGCAGUCGUGGUCCAAAACACCCUGAGGGCACUCGGUUGAGAAAGGCUGUGUUAGAUGGGUGCAGAUGGACAGGGCCUUUUUGUGGUGGCCACGGAGCAUGUGCAGAUGUCUCCCAGGUUCCUUCUUUGAUGGAUGGAUGGAUGGAUGGAUGGAUGGAUGGAUGGGUGGCUGGCAGGCAGGCAGGCAGGCAGGCAGGCAGGCAGUUACUGCCUGCUUUUUACAGCAAGCAUUUGGCCUCUAUGGCUGGAUUUUUAAAAUAAUAAUCUAUCAAUGCUGUGUUUGUUUCUGUGUUUGGAUAUCAUGGGGGUGAGUGGGUGUGUUGCAUUUUACUGCUUCUAAUCUCAACGAGCUGCUUUGUAUAGCAAAGUAGGAUACAAAUAUAUUGAAAUUAGGAAAUGAAUUGAAGGAAUCAAAUACUUCUUUCCAACGCAUUAUUAGGACAACCCCCCAGGCUGUGGAAUUUCUACCCCACAGAGCUGUGUCUGGCACCUUCAUUUUGUAGUUUGCAUGGUAUGCUGAGAAACACCUGAGAGAGAGAAAUAUUUUAAGACCCACUCAGUUCUUUGGACUGUAACUUAUUUUAACUGUUUCAGGUACUGUAUUACCAGUCACAACGGCAGGCGUUUCAUUUAGUUAACAAUAAUGAGUUACUUUGUACAGGGUCAGGGGUGGCUUGGAUUGGAUAGAAGUGUCCCUCGUUCAAGCCCUGAUAGCCUCCACCUGUGGAAUGAUGCCAGUAUCACUCUGCUGACAUGGAGCUCUCCUUUCUGACCGCUGAAUGUGUGGGUGGCAGAUGCUCCAAAACUGGGCAUUACAGGGCAGUGAGGCUGAAGGGCUGGACUGGCCCUGGAUCCACUGCAUCCAAAAUCAGCAGCACCACUGUCAGUGUGACAGCAUUGAGCGUGAUCACUCUGCCAGCUCCAGGCUGGCACAGCCAUUUGUCUGUUCCACCCCCUUCUGUGGAUGCAGUUAAAAAGGUAAAGGUAAAGGACCCCUGACAGUUAAGUCCAGUUGUGAACGACUCUGGGGUUGCGGCGCUCAUCUCGCUUUACAGGCCGAGGGAACCAACAUUUGUCUGCAGACAGUUUUCCGGGUCAUGUGGCCAGCAUGACUAAGCCGCUUCUGGCGAAACCAGAGCAGCGCACGGAAACGCCGUUUACCUUCCCGCCGGAGUGGUACCUAUUUAUCUACUUGAGCUUUUUUUUGCGUGCUUUCGAACUGCUAGGUUGGCUGGAGCUGGGACCGAGCAACGGGAGCUCACCCCAUCGUGGGGAUUCAAACCUCUGACCUUCCGGUUGGCAAGCCCAAGAGGCUCAGUAGUUUAGCGCCACCCGCAUCCCCUUGCAGUUAGGAUAGUGCAAGAAGAUGCUUUCUGGAUGGGGUGAAGCUGGGAUGGGAUGAACAAAUUCCUAUGCCCCACAAAUACCCCAGAGAUGCAUUUUAAAUAAAAGGACACAUUCUACUCAUGUAAAAACACGCUGGUUCCUGGACCGUCCGUGGGCCUGAUUUAGGUUUGCCUACCCAUGCUCUUGGUGAAUGAAGAACCUGCUUCUGAAUCAGAGCUUGACUUUGUCUGCUUUUUGCUUUUUGCUGACUCCUGGAACAGUCCUUACUACUGGGUGAGUCAUCCCUUCUCAUAUCAACAAGAUGACACGUGAGUAAGCAAUUAGCACAUCCUUCCCAAUUUAAGUCUCGCCUCCUGGUUUUAAUGAGACCAGAAAAGCACUUGGCUGAGAAUGCAUCACUCUAUGACCUUUCUUAUGGCAAUCUUUGCUCCAUCUCAGUGUUUUUCAAGGUUCACCUCCUGUUCUCCUUUCUUUCCUUUCCUUUUAGAUUCCCCCACAGCUUUCUUUCUUAAAAUAUAUAAUUCAUUUGCAGCAUUAUUGGUGGGAAGUGAAAUCAUAUUAAGUGUGUCUUUACAGUGUUUGUGAAAGGACUUGUAUAAAUAGGGCCCAAGUAGGAGGACUAUAAGAUGCAGCCGCAGAACUGUGAAUUAAGUGGCAUGCAGUAUGUUUGGGAAAUCUCUGGUUUUCUGCAGGAAGCCUGAUCUGCACAUCAAUUUAAGAUUGCGGGGGGGGGGGGGAUGAGGAACUGAAAUUGACAGCCGCCCAUCUCUCAUUGAAAGAUUCUUAUUCCUUUUAUUUAUUUAUUAAAAAAUGUCUAUCUUCCACUUUUCGUGGAGAAAAAAGCUAUUUACAAUGACAGUACAUAAAACCAUACAAUUAAAACUACAUGGAAUGUUAAUAACAGAUGAGUGCAGAAGCUCAGUCCUUAUUCUGGGAAGUGUAGUUUGUUACCUGUGCUAGGAAUUGGGGCGCUGUGAGGGGGAAACUACAGUUCACAGCAAUCUUUGGGGAAAUCAUGUGCUUUAGAUAUACACUGAAUGUACUUUAAAUAUAUGGUCAUUAUAUGUAAAUAUAUUGUCCAGUAGCAUCUUAGAGACCAACUAAGUUUGUUCUUGGUAUAAGCUUUCGUGUGCAUGGUAUGUGAAGAUGUGUGCAUGCACACAAAAACUUAUACCGAAAACAAACUUAACUGGUCUCUAAGGUGGUACUGGGCAAUUUUUUAAUUUUUAAAAUAUAUUUCGACUGCGUCAGACCAACAUGGCUACCUACCUGAAUUUAAAUAUAUGGUGCAGGUCUGCCCUCCCUCAUUGUCUGCAAGUUUGAGCUGUUUGCAACUAUGGCCAGUUAAUCUUCCUAGUACAGCUAAGGACUGACCAUCUUCACUCAUCUUGCAAUUUGAGAUGGAUGGAUGUCAAUUUCAGUUCCACAUUUUUCCAAUGUUUAAUUCAGUUCAUCCCCAUUUCUGCAUAGUUUGCAUCUUUUUUAAAAAAAAUAGGCAUGACAAUUCCUGCAUAGUUUUGUGUGCAUUCCUCCUUUAAUACACCCCCCCCAGUUUUCCCUAACAUCAUUCUUUUGCUGUCAUUCAUUUCCAGUAAUGUACAGUGCCUCUCUUUUCUGCAGUCUUUCCCCUCAUUUUGCUUAGGGAACUACAUUGCAAAAUUCAGAGGAGUGUGAAGUUUCGAAGGAUAGCUGCCUUUCAAUUUGCGAAAUGAUUCGGGAAGUGUGGAUUUAGGAUGGCUUGCAUUAAAAUGCAAAAUGAGUGACUUCUCACAUGCCUUCUUAUGAUAAAGACACACUUAGAAUUCAGUGUGGUGUGAAUGGCUUCAGCAUGGCUGUCCCACUAACUACCAUGUGCCUGGUGGGGUUGAGUCUAUUCUGUAGCUCUGUGAGAGUUUCUAUGGCACUGGGAACACAAUUCAGUUUUAUGAGCAUCUCUGCUCCAUUUCACUUCUAAUUUCAAAAAGCAACUCAUAAGUUGACAAUCCCAUGUGCGUUUAAGCCUAGCAAGCAAGGUUCCAGGUUUAGGAUUGUGCCACCACUUUCUCCCCACUGCAUUCCUGAUUGGAAGGGGGAGUGCGUCCCUGCAAUUUCCUUUUGAAAAGCCACCCACGCAAAUGCUGAUUGUACAAAAGGUAUCUGGUCCCAUCUGACCUAUAGCACUCCAUCAGCUGAUUACAGGAUCAAAGGUGACACCAAUUCAGAUCGAAGCUGGUUUGGGUGAGGAAAACACACCAAGAUGCUGUAUUUCAUGAGAAACGGUAGGUUCAAUAUGGAUUGUGGCUAAUGUUUUGUGUUCGCUGUUUCCCAAACCAGUGGCGGCAGUGCGCCAGAUGAACACAGGAAUGCGUAUAUAGCUUAAGUCAUAUAAACACCCAUCCUCAGUGUUGGAUCUUCAGUCCUGAGCAACUUAUCUGCUGGGUGAGAACCAUGCAGACCUUAGUCUGUACCUCCAGUGUAGUGUGGAGAGCCAGUGUGGUGUAGUGGUUAAGAGCGGUAGACUCGUAGUCUGCUGAACCCGGUUUGCGUCUCCACUCCUCCACACACAGCUGCUGGGUGACCUGGGGCUAGUCACACUUCUCUGAAGUCUCUCAGCCCCACUCACCUCACAGAGUGUUUGUUGUGGGGGAGGAAGGGGAAGGAGAAUGUUAGCCGCUUUGAGACUCCUUCGGGUCUGUAAAGCAGGAUAUCAAAUCCAAACUACUACUACUACUACUACUCCUCUUCUUCUUCUCUAUCCUUUGGAUCUUGCCUGGCUAACUAUUAGGGUGACCAUGUGCCUCAUUUCACAGCAGUAUCUGGAGGACCACAGGCUCCCCAUCCCUGCUGUGAUGCCAAGUCCUUUAAAUAAGUUCCAGAAAAGCAUGAUGUGUAAUCAUUUUGGCCUUGCUUUUGUGACUCUUCCAGAGAACAGAACUUCCUCCUAGCAAGAUAGUUCCUGAUUCUGCCCCCACCUUGAAUCUUUAUAAGAGGGGCAAACGAUUCAGCUGUGAGUCAGGGUAAGAAUUAGGCUCGACACUGAAUCAUCCCCAGACCACUUCCUGCACCACCAUUGCUUCAAAGUGCUCUGUUCCAUAUGCUGGCCUGGCUGGCCUGCUGUUAGCUUGCACCGUCUGAGAGAACCUCUCCUGGGGAGGGCCUGCAGUGCUGGUGUGGUGGUAUGUGUGACCCUGGGACCACUCUUUGUCAUCUCCAGCUACAGUGGUCUUGGCUAACAGGACGUCUACUAGAGACCCCAGAGAGCUGCUUCCAGGAGCAACUGGAUCAGAGAUGGAGGACUUGUGGCUCUCCUGGUGGCAUUGGACUACAAGUUCCUGACUCUUGGUCAUGCUGGCUGGGGCUGAUGGGAGUUGGAGUCCACCACCAACUGGAGGACCACAGGUUCCCCAUUCCUGAACCGUAUGAACAAGUGGGCUGCCUUGGCAUUAAGGUGGCUUCAUCUGCAAGGUCACCCAAGAGCAUCCUUAGUCAGGGUUUGUUCCCAUUACUGCGUCCUCUGCAUCCAGCGCUCUCCCACUUCUACUUUUCGAAGCCACGUUCACACCACAUUAGCCACAGUCCAUGUCAAUUCAAAUGGUGCUGUUCAGUCGUUGCACAUGCUUAGAUGGGCAGGCAUGCACAGAUGACAGCUUCAUGAAUAGGAGAUCUGGGGGAACCAAAAGCACCAUGAAGCUGAAAGGUUCCACUAGGACAAACCAUGUAUUACCCUUGGACAUAGCGACAUUUGUACAAUUACCUUCCUUCCUCAUUCCUCGGAUCUUCUACUUCCUUCUUGCUGUGUGAACACUUCCCUUUCCCACCCACCCAGUCUCUCAGCUUUGCCUUUUCAGCAGCCAAUCUCUAACUUCCCUCUGGGAUAUUUUUACCCUAGCUCAAUCUGACUGCCCAUCAGUGUCAAGGAUUUUGACUGGAAUUCUUUUGAUUAAGACGAGUUCUGUAAUCUCUUGGGGGCUGUGCAGAUGAGGUCUUCUUAUGUCUCUUGAAUGUGUUGGGGACCACAUCUGCAUGUUUGCUGAAGGGAGCCUCUGUGGAUGGGGCAGGUGCACCAUCUCCUAGGGGCUGAGGCAGUUUUGGCCCACAUGGGCCCCCUCAAUCCCCUUAAGAAGAUGGCGCCUCUGGGAUGGGGGCUUCCAUGCGGUCUGCAAUACUGCAUAUCCAGUGGGGCAGAGGUGUUGGGAUCAGGGCCUCUGGCCAUGGUCCUUCUCCCUCUACCAUCUGUUGGGAGUGGCUCAUCAGCAGGGGCUUCUCUCACCCAAAUUCCACUCUGGUCUUCUGCUUCCAGGCAGAGUACACUGUUCCUUUGUUUUUAAUCCUCCAGUUUUAUAACUCCAGCUGAAACUCCAUGCUUUGCUAUAAACACGGUAUGAAACCGUAUCUCAGUUUAAGCAGUGAGAGAAUCGUAUGCACCAACUGUGCAUGGUGUGCAUGCGUUUACAUGACCAGCUGAUGUGACUAGAUGCUGCUGCUCUUUGCUUGAACACCCCACUGUAUCUAAUGAAGACAUCAGGUAGAUGUUCAGAACUCCAUCAUCCAGGGAGAUCAGGAUGAUGGUGUGAAGAAACAGGGUCUCUUCCAUAGCACCCCCAGGACUGUAGAUUCAGAUUCCAGAAGAGAUGUGGCAGCUUAAACCCCCCCUUUAAACAAUAAAUUUAAAGGCUCACUUCUUGGUGGCUGCUCCCAGACUUUGAAAUUCUCUCUGUAGAGAAGCUGAACUGGCUUCCUCCUCAUUGUCCUUCUUUUGGUAGGUGACGCCUAUUUUAUUCCAACAGGACUUUGGGGACUGGUUUGUUUGUUUUUGCUUUUUUAAAGGAAUGGGCUUUUAAAUAGUGCUGUGCUGUUUUUACUAUCUGUAUUUUAAUAGAUCUGUUUCUUAUACAGUGGUACCUCGGGUUACAAGAUGCUUCAGUUACAGACUCUUCAGGUUACAGAUUCCGCUAACCCAGAAAUAGUACCUUAGGUUAAAAACUUUGCUUCAGGAUGAGAACAGAAAUUGUGCUCCGGCAGCAGCAGGAGGCCCCAUUAGCUAAAGUGGUGCUUCAGGUUAAGACCAGUUUCAGGUUAAGAACAGAUGUCCGGAACGAAUUAAGUUCUUAACCCGAGGUACCACUGUAUUGUUUUAAUUCUAUUAUAGUUUGAUUACAUUUAAACUAUUGUCUUUUUACGUUUUUAGCUUUCUUGCGUUUUUAUCUGUGUAGUUUUAAUUUGUGUAAGAUGCCUUGAGUCCUUGUCUGGGGAAAAGGCAGGAUACAACUCAGUAUAAUAUGAUGGCGAUACAAAAAGGCACGUACUGAAUAAACAGCCACUGGAGGCUGUAAAGAGGAAUGGCGGAAGCUUGGGAUUUUCCCUUUCAAAAUCACUCCCCCCUCCUCCCCCCACACACUUGUGUAAGAGGAAAAGAUAGAGAUCUCUUCCCCACACCCCCUUUCUCCACCCUUGCAGUUUGACUCUUUGUUUAGGCAAGCUGUUGCAAUCUGAGCUGUCAUUAUAACCCGACUCUCAAAUAUGCCUUUUCUCACCCAGCUUCCACUGCCCCUCUUUUACUUUUAUGAAUGUUAAGAGUGUUUUGUAAAUGGCAUCAAAUGGUUGGGGAGGCAGGAUAUGCAUGUUCUUGAAUGAGUGGGCCUCUGCUUAAGCACUCACACCUGCCAUUCACAGUCCAUAGUGCCAAGACAUUUAAAGGCCUUGUUCGCAUGGCACUUUAAACAAUAACUAAACCAAACAAUGGUUUAAAGGUGCGUGGUUGUGCACCCAGCUGAAAUUGUGGGCAUUGCGCUCCUCCCCUGCUCCUGCUGCUGGGAGCUGAGCCAUGGAUUAGCUUAGCAUUACACCUGAACCUAGGCUCAUGGUUUGUUUUUCUCCAUGCCAACCAUGAGCAGGAAAACAAGAAUGAACCUUGGUUACAGCUUGUGAUGUUUCGUUUUUUGUUUUAUAGAGAGAGAAACAAACUACAAGCCCAGGUUUGGACAUUGCACUAAACCAAGGGUCGGCAAAGUUUUUGUGGCUUGGGCCGGUUUACGGUCCGGCAGACGCUGCGGUGAGCCGGAGUCUGUGUGCGCGUGUGCAUGCACGCAUGUGCAAACGUUAUUUCCGGUGCUCCUUCUGGUGCGGAGGAGGCGUGCGCAGCUUCCCAUUGGCUGCAGGAGCUUCCUGCAGCCAAUGGGAAGCUGGCCAGUGUCGCAGAAGGCGGUCCCCGCUCUGCUCUGCACCGGUUUAGCGCAGCGCAUGGGAGCUGGCCGAGCGGGCGGCGGGGGUCCAUGGGACCCCUGCAUUAAACCAAACCAUGGCUUAGCUCGUAAAUAAAUAAGAGGCUGCAGGAUCAGGCCAGUGGCCCAUCUCAUCCAGCUUUCUGUUCUCAGGUUGGCCAACCAGAUCCCUGUGGGGAGACCACAAGCAGAACAUGAGCACAACCAACACGCUGCCCUGCUGCAAUUCCCAGCAACUGGUUUUCUGAGGUUCACUGCAGCUAAUAGAAAGGCUGGAGCCCAGGCCCCAUGGUUUCAGCAGUGUGCACCAUCCUGCUGCAUUUAAACCAUGGUCUGCCUUACCUAAGGUUUAAAGCAGACAUGUUCAACCGGUCGACCAUGAUCGACAGGUAGAUCCCUGGGUGAUCCUGGUCGAUCUUGGGAUCCUUAUCAAUUGUGGGAUUAAAUCAGUGCCCCCCUCUGUCUGUCCCUCCAUCGCAUCAAGUAGGCGGCGUUUGGCGUUUCAUGUUGGCGAUUGGGAAUACAAUGGUUGGCUUUAGCGCUGUGUGUGUUUGUUAGCGGUGGAUUAUAGGUGAGCGCUUUAUGUCAUCCCCCCUUAAAAAAAGCUAAACAACUUUGCUCAAUCCCUCCCCCCCAAAAAAAAGCUCAACAACUCUGGUCAAUCCUCAAUGACAAUGGGUAGAUCACUGCCAGGGUUUUUUUUUAUACUGGGAGUAGAUCGCAGUCUCUUGGGAGUUGGAUGGGCCUGGUUUAAAGUGAUGUGUGGAUGAAAUGUGAGCUGUCUCUUUUUAUCGCCACCAGCAUCUUCCCCUUUAAGCCAUGGGAGCCUCUUCCUCCUUGUAUGAACCGAAAGCAGAGUCUCAGAAACAUGUUGGGCAGGAUGGUUCAGACCUCACUGAAGCCACAGGGCUGCUGCUUGGUGCAGCCAUACAGUGUGUCAAGAUCUCUGCUUAUAAUUUGGGAGAAUGACCCAGGGAGAGCCCUGCAACCAAGUUCCCCAGAACGGCAGGUCUCUUGGCUUGUUGGGCAACCAGUACCAGCCCCCAGACAUCCAUUUUUAAAACCACGAGAGGGGAGAAAAUCUUAACACCACCAUUUUUAGGACGAAACGUGUCCCUUGUUGGGUUGAUGUGAUGUGUUUGUAUUGAAGAAGUUUUUUAAAAGAGAAAAGAAAUAACAAUCUUGACUGGAGAUAUCUGAAACAGAACUGAAACGGUCCUGCUUUAGAGCUUCCUAUUGGCCACUGUGAAAACAGGGUGUUGUAUUAGGUGUGCCCUUGGUCUGGUUCAGCUGGGCUCUUCUUAUGUACACAGUUAAAGGGGGAAUGUGGCAGGAAUUGGUCUGGGAGGAGCCUAAUCUGUCAUGGUCUCCUCCAUAGUCGCUUCUGAGUAUCAACUGCAGGAAGCCACAGAAGGGCAGAGUGCUCUUCUGCUCAGGUCCUGCUUACAGGUUUCCCACAGGUAUACGGUGGGCCACUUUGAGAACAGGAUGUUGGAUUAGGUGGGGCAUUGGCCUCAUCCAGCGGGGUUCCUCUUAUGGUGGAUGAUUGAUCCAUUGUUCGUCUUACUCAGGAGUGAGCAAGUGCCCCUUCACUACCCGUGACCCAAAAGAGACCUUAAUGAGAAUUUUUUUUUGAGAACUUCCCACCAUUUGUGGUUUCAGAGAACAGAAAGAGGGGUUUUGAUUCCAGCCUCCCUCCCGCUUUUACAUAGAAAACAGGAGGGGAGCAGGCCGUGUGCAUAUCCUAUUUGUCUUCCAACAUAGGGAGAGAAACUUAUUUAUUUCAAAUCAACACGACAGCCAUUUCCUUUCCUGGCUAUCACUGCAGCUCCAGAUGGUGCGCUUGCAAGUGUAUUUGAAACCUCCAACUGCAUUCCCACUCUCUCCUUUCUUUAUUUUCCUUUCGUUUUAUUUUAAUUACAAAAACAGCGCCAUCCUAGUUGCCCCUUCUUUGCCUUACAUCCCUGCAAUGGAAGUGAGGAGCCCCUCAGCAUAUUCUGUCUUCUGUUUAUAAGUGUGCUCCUAACAAUGCAGUCUGUGAAUUCAAAUAUAUAUAUAUAUAAUAUAUGCAAUAUUAAUGUUGGUUUAAAAAAAACAUGCUGAGAUCAUUUGAAAGAAGUCAGCAUGUGCCUCACACAGGGAGCCCGAAUGGCUCCUGUCCCCCUUGGAACAGCCCCUGUGCCAUGACCCACAUGGAUUCCAUGUGGUCUGUAGCAAAUCGGCACUUCUGAGACCUGAGCUGGGGGAAGGGGAGUGAGUUUAUCCAUCUCUGUGCUAAUUGAUGGCGCAUUUCCCCUGCCCCUGUAAUUCCGUGUCCUUGAAGCUCUCAAAGCAGCCUUCUAGUUUUAUCCAAACUUCUGAUUAUCUGUAUUCUUAGAAUGUCCCCUGCCUUUUCCUCAAGGCCAUGUGGGUUAAUGAUCUCAUGUCAGGCAGCAGCAACAGACCCCUUUGAGAGGGGGGCAGGCAGCGGGGUAAACCAGACAGCACAUUUUUCUGGUUAUCUUUCCCAUUGCAUUUUUUAUCCUUUAAAUGAGACCGCUGUGCUUCCCAUCCACGCUUUUGAUUUAAGGAGCCAGCCAAGCAGGAGAUUAAAGGCUGGCACACAUGUGCGGAGGAGACAGGGAGCCUCUGCAGCAGACACAGCGAUCUUCAGCCUGCAAGAGGUUACGUAACCGAAAUAUUGAGCGCCCAGCAAAGUCAACGUAUCCUAUAGCCCUCCCCCAACAUCUCUCUCUCUCUCUCUCUCUUUCCAUUGCUUCUCCAGCUUGUGCAUUGCUUCUGGAGCAUCUUUGGCAAAGAAGUGAGCUCCAUGUUUGUUUGUUUUUUCUCUUUCUUGUAUUGCGUGUGGGUUUGUGCCUCUUGAAAUAGGUCACGUUAGACCCCAAGUUACGACUUCUACCCAUUUGUGGUGGGUGCUAAUGCUGAUCUUAUUUGUCAACGAUUAAUUAUAUAUCUGCUCAUUGCCAGUCGUUUUGUGAUUGCUCAAGAAUGAAAGGGGCGCAUUCUGUGGUUUAUUGCAAUCUCUGAAAAACUGAUCCAUAAUAUACGUGCCGCCAGGGGCCAUGCAGACCUCUCAGAUUUUGCAUCUGUUUGGGGACUGUUUGUGAUUUACAAUUUCAUGGUUGGUGCAUUCCUAUUAAAUAUGGGUUUUUUUCAUGGCAGUGUUUAUGAAUACUUGAUAUAUUUUGUAUAAAUACGAACUUUGUAUCCCACCAUGGGAUAUGUCUUACACUAUUCAUUCUUUCUUUAGCUUCUUUUUUAUCUUGUAUUUUUUACUCUUCUUGCAUCUGUGGCAUUCUUAUUAUGUAUUUUAGUGUGAUUUUUUUUGUUUGCUGUAUUUGCCAAUCUUGUUUUAAAAAAUAUUUUUAAAAAAGAUAGAAAGAGGGCAGUAGCCUCUGAAAGCUGCAAGAGGAAACACUUCCCCAUUCCACUUCCAUGGUCUGUCCCACCUAUCUUCAAAGCAGCACCACAUGGUCUCCCACCCAGGCACCUACUAAACCCCAGACCAGCUUCACUGCAGCAAAGUCGUGACAUCAUGGAUUGCAGGCAUUGUAGUGGCACAUGACUGUUCUGUCAGCAUAAGGAGUUCUGCUUGCACAAUGGAACAUUCUCCCCCUCUUCCUCCUUCCAUGUGCCCUCUAAAUCUGUUCCAUGAAUUCCCCCAACCCUCUGGAACAGUUGUAGGGGAGGAUACAGGUUGCGCACAGGGGGAGGAGAUGGUCCCAUUGUGCAAACAGAAAUCCUUGUGCAAUACACCCCGUGCGUCUUCAGACCAUAUCCUGGGAACAAAGCCUAAUUUAUUGUGCUUUUCCUCCAAGGCAGUGUAUGUGGCUGUUCUUCUACCCUUCAGUAGAUCCUCAGCUAGGUUGAAAGAGAGGGGGAGAGAGGGAAACUACCCCAGGUCACCCAAUUGCUUUCAUGGCUGAGUAGGGAACUCAAGUACCUUCCAUCAUAAGGCAAACCACAACACCAUUAAAUGCAGUUUCUAGAGCAGCCUUUCUCAACCUGUGGGUCCCCAGAUGUUGUUGAACUACAACUCCCAUCACCCCUAGUUAGCAAGGCCAGAGCUCAGGGAUGAUGGGAGUUGUAGUCCAACAACAUCUGGGGACCCACAGGUUGAGAACCGCUGUUCUAGAGUGUGUAAAAUUCAGCCUUUUCUAGAGUGUGUAAAAUUCAGCCUUUCACAGCUUGUUUGUUUAUUGAUUUCUUUGUUGUAUUUAUAUCCCACCUUUUCCUCCAAGGAGCUCAAGGUGGCAUAUACGGUUCUCCCCCUCCUUGUUUAAUCCCCACAACAACCCUGUGUUGUAGGUUAGACUGAUUGGCAUUGACUGACUCAAGGUCACCCAGUGAGCUGCAUGGCCAAGCAGGGAUUUGAACCCUGGUCUCCCGGAUCCUAGUCCAACACUCUAACCACUACACCACACUGGCUGCUAUGUUUGGACAUGGUCCAGAGAUGCAUAGGAAUGCCUUUGGGGCAAUCCUCCUUACUGCCUCCAGCAUGGCAUGCGAUGUUUACAGUGCCUCAUGUACAAGCCAGUUUCGUGCAGGCUGACAGCAUCUACAGAACCAUGGACAAGGGUUUUUGAUAUGCUGGGGUGAGUGCCUGCAAAGCACACUCAGGCCCCAAACUUUUAUUGUACCACACAGCUAUUGCUCAAGACCUUUCUCGUAAAGAUCUUAUUGCUUAACUAAUGACUGUGGCAAGGUUUACCAGUGCAAGACUUUGGAGGACUUUACAUCCAGAUCUAUUUGAAGUCUGUAUUUCACAACUGUGGGAUUUAAUAUCAGGGGACAAGUUGACGACGCAUGUUCCUGAGAACUGGGCAAGAGAUCUAAUGCUUCUCAUUCAGCUCGGCAUAACUUUAUUUUAUAUGUAGCAUCAAUAGAACAUGACUAUAGGCUACCAUAGAAUUUGAAAAUGUUCAGCAAAGGGCAACCAAAGUGAUCAAGGGGCUGGAAUGACUCCCUUAUGAGGAAAGCUGGUCACAUUUGGGACUUUUUCUUUUAGAAAAGAGGUGAGUAAAAGGUGGCAUGAUAGAAUACACCCAACGAAGCUUAACGUCAGCAAAUUCAGGACAGAAACAAGGAGGUAGUUAAACUAUGGAAGUCACUCCUGCAGGAUCCAGUGAGGAACACCAAACUGGUGGCUUUAAAAGAAGAUUAGACAAACUCAUGGAGGAGAAAGCUAUCAGUCUCUGCUAGUCAUGAAGGCUUUACUCUGCCUGCGUGGUCGGAGGAAGCAAUGCUUCUUAAUACCAGUUGCUGGAAACCGUAGGAGGGGAAAGAGCUCUUGUGCUUGAAUCGUGCUUGUGCGUUUUCCAAAUGCAUCCGGUUGGCCACAGUGAGAACAGGCUGCAGAACUAGAUGGGCCAUUGGCCUGAUCCAGCAGGCUCUGCUUAUGUUCUUAUAGGCCUCCGGCGGCACAUGGUGACUUGUGGAACAGUAGUUUUAUUUCAUGGAAUGACUUGAAAUGAUUGAUGUGCUGAAACUCGGUGCUUCUGUCAGGGGCGGGUGGGAGAGUUGGUUGUUGUUGUUUUCUUUAUGGAUAUUUGAAAACAAUAAAAUGCAAACAAAAAUUAAAAAGGCAUCCAUCACCACACAUAGCAGGUUGGAUCCAGAUUCAGUCGUGCUUAGAUUAGACCUAUUGAAACUUAAAUUGAUUAGACUAAUCCAUGGAAUUAAAAACCAUGAGUGGGUUCUCCAGUCGCAAUAGCUAUGUUUUUCCACCACAGAUAGAGGCAGAUGGAGUAAUUCUUCUCAAUACCAGUUGCUGGAAAACACAAGAGGGAAGAGGGCUCUUUUGCUCACUGCUUCCAAAGGCAUCUAGUUAACUACUUAAUUUGCUUUAUCCAGCAGGGCUAUUCUUAUGUUUUUAUUGCUUUAGUUAUUAACUAAGUUAGUCUCCUCUGGCUUUCCUCAACCUGAUGCCUUCCAGAUAUUUUGGACUCCAACUUCUAUCAGACCCAGUCAGCAUGGCCACUGGCAAGGAAUGAUGGGAGUUGUAGUCUAUCAACAUUUGGAGGACUUCACGUCCUCCCCCCCAACCCAAGCAAUAUAUAGCCCAAAAAGAAGUUAUCCUUCAAAAUGUGCUACUUCUCCAGAUUUGGAAAUGCAGUUCUCCAAACAAAAUAUGUAUAUAAUAAUGCAUAUAUAAAAGGGAAAGUGUGCAUCCAUUAGGGGAAAUAACAUGAGAAAUUCUACAACUUUGCGUACUUAUGUAUGUGUGCAUGUCUCUAUGUGUAUACACACACACAUUCAUUCAUGUUUUUCUAAUAGACUAAUAACCAUUCCAGUAAAGAGUCAUGCCACUUAUUCAGAGAAGCUAUUCAGUCUGGUUGCUUUUCUUAAGAGCUAAUGCCUCAUUUCCUAUUGCAAUAGCUUCCUCUCAAGUAAAUGGAAAUGUUGCCAUUAUACCUUCACAUUUAUUGACAUGCACCUCUGUAUUGAAUGGACAUCCUUUGCAGUUACUGCUUACUCUCCGUAAUGGACUGUAUGGGAAUUUAAAACCUUUAUGUGGCCGUGAACAUUACAUAGUGCGAGGGGGAUGUGCUUUUUCCAUUGGAGGUUUAUGCAGAGAGCUGGAAGCGUCUGGCACCUGCCUUAGGAGCAAGUGGGUUUGCAAGGAAUGGGGGGGGGGUGCCCAAUGCCAGAGGGUUUGUGGGUGUGCCUUGCCAUUUCUCUCUCUCUCUCUCUCUCUCUCUCUCUCUCUCUCUCAUAUCAAUGAUGCGAACUGCAUUACAUCUUUUGUUGAGCAAGGAGUCAGUGUGUUCCCUGUAUCCCUUAACUCCCAACAUACCAAAGAAGUGAUGAGGGGAAAGAUUGAGGUGAAAAUAAAACAAAUUAUUCCAAACCGGCAAAAGCAAACCUGGUGUAUGAAAUGGUCUGAUAUAUUCAAUAUGAAGAAAAUUAGAAACAGAGAGCAGCCACUUUCACACCAUGCAUUUAAAGAACGUAUGUUGUUACUUUAAACAGCCAUGGUUUCCUGCAAAGAGUUUGGGAGUUGUAGUUAAGGGCGCUGAGAGCUUUUAGGAGACACCCCCCCAUUUCCCCUUCCAGAGCUCCCUGUAAGAGGGAUUGAAUGUCAAAACCACUCUGGGAGGGGGGGCAAGAGUCUCCUAGCAACUCUCAGCCCCCCAACAAAACAACAGCUCCCAGAAUUAUGGGGAGGGGAGGGGAACCAUGACUGUAUCUUCGUGUAUCUGCUGUUUUUUGUGUGUGUGUCUACUAUUUUGAAGGCAAAAAAAGCCUAAACAAGAGUUUGGGUAUCUGAUAACGACGCAGGUAUUGGAAAAGAUAUCAUUACAUAUCUUUAGGUGCCAGGCAAAAAGAAAAAAAAAAUCCUCUUCUCCCAGACCUUUGGUUACUUAAACAAUUUAUGGCCUUUUAAACUUUGUGUAGUUUCGGUGAGGGGUGGGAUUAUUGGUUGGUUUGUAUUGUUAUGUAUUUUUGUGGUUUCGUACAGUGAACCGCCCUGUGAUCCUCGGAGGAAGAGUGCAAUAUAAAUUUAAUAAACAAUAAUAAUAGGCGCUACCUAGCUCCCAUAGUGUUUCCUGGCAGGCUUAGUAAACUGCUACCCAUCGCAUGUUCCCACUGCUCUGGAAAGCAGGGAGCGCAAGGCAGGGUUUCCCUAAGGAAUUUUCUCUUUUUCAAUGGAGUGAGUCAGCAAAAACUGUGGGUGGGUUGAGGUGGCAGGUCUUUCCUGCUCUGUCAUGUACCACUCAGUGCUGGGAGACUGGAGGGAGCCAGUUAGUGGCUGGUGGCUGUCAAAAAGAAUAACCAGCCAACUCCUACAUGACUCCCCUUAGUUUGCUCCUAGUGAUGCUAUUACUGGCAUAUGCUAAAGCCAGGAAGGUCUUUGGCGGAAAUAACUUUUUAAUGCAAAUAGAUGCUCGAUGCCACAGAUAACUUGAGAGAGAGGGAACGUUGUUUGCUGGAGAGAGUGGGUGGGGUUUGCCUUACAUAUGUGUAAGCUAUAAAAAAGGGUGUGUGUGUGGAGAUAUGGAAAGAUCUUAUGAAUAAAUAAAUGCAAAGGACGUCAGUGUGGAGGCUAAGAAGAGGCCUGUAUCUUGCAAAUCUUAGAGGUGGUGUGCUGCAUCUCUCUUUGGAGAGAAAGAGAGAUUGCCCACCUUCUCACCAUAAAUUUCAAGCAGUAUGAUAACACUUUGAACAGUCACAGCUUCCCCCAAAUCACCCAGGGAGCUGUAGUUGUGUUAAGGGUGCUGAAAGUUCUUAGGAGACCCCUGCUACCAUCUCAGAGCUACAACACCCAGAGUUGCCUGGGAAGAGGGAUUUGACUCUUAAACCACUUGGAGAAUUGCAGCUCUGGAAUGGGGUGGGGUGGGGGGUGGGGAGGGGUCUCCUAACAGCUGUCAGGACCCUGAACAAACUACACUUCUCAGGAUUUGUUCAAGCCAUACCUGUUUAAAGUGGUGUCAUAGCACUUUAAAUGCGUGGUGUGAAUGUGGCCUUCGUGUUCGCACCACGGCGCCGUCACUGAGGACCCAACUAGAUGCAAAAUAGAAGUACCAUGUGUGGUGGGUUCAUUAAUUUCAGCGAGCCUACUCUGAGUAGAACCUACUUGAAUUCAAUCCGUGAUCUUCCGCAGUUUUUUCUUCCUUAAAUUAAAUAGAAGCUGGGGGUUUGAUUUAGAUUUAGAUCAGGACUGUGAUAAAGAGAGCAAGGGAAGAUUAAUCCCUUUCCAUUUUCAUUCUUGACGGAAAUACACAUACACACAGCUGCAAGUGUUUGGAGCUGUUUGCUUCUUUGUUGUUAUACUUUUUAUAUUCUCCAAUUCCUCCAAGGAGCUCAGUGCUGAGGCAGUAUGUGUAGAUAUUGCCUUUGUCUCAUUUUAACUUCACAACAACCGUGUGAUCUAGCUUAGGCUGAGAGAGUGUUGGUCCUAAGGCCACCUAUGGCUGAGCAGGAAUUUGAGAUAUUUGUUUCACUCUUGCAAGGAUACAAAUUGCAGGGGCAGUGGUUGGAAUAUGACAAUGCACACCACCUUGAGCUCCUUCAAGGAAAGGUGGGCUUAUAAAUCAACCGCAGUAGUUCAGGCUUCAGGCGAGACUCUAUAAAAGAGUAAAUGGCUGCUAUUACCAGCCAGCAAAAUAGUUCUGAAACAGCCUGCGGUGUUGACUGCAAAAAAAACAAAACAAAACAAAGGCCGUUUUUGUUUUUAGAGAAAGUCAGCAGCUGGAAAAUAAUUGGGAAGCUGGAAAUUGGUCUCAGAGUUCUCCACAUGCCGCCCGCUGCUGCCUCUUUACCCCUGCCCCUCCCGUAAGAGUUACUGGCGUUGUGAUAGUGCAGCCAGCGAAAACUCUGUGCUGCCAUUAAACUGCAGCUGCAGACUUCUGCAUGAGCUGUUUCUCAGUCUUUCUGGACUUGCCUUCCCCAGUUAAUCAGUCAGGAAUCUCAGCGCAAGCAAAAGUUUCCAAGGGAGAGGGGACAUUUCGUUGAAAGCAGCACAAAUGUCUUUUUUUUUCCCUUCUGCUUUAUCGGGGAAUGAAAAUAGAUUGAAGGUGGUAAAUUUUAAAUAAUCUGAGGGAGAAUCCUGGCUCCCUCCCGAGGGAGAAUCCUGGUGGCGCCCUCCCUGUGGAACGCCCUCCCACCAGAUGUCAAAGAGAACAACAACUACCAGACUUUUAGGAGAUAUCUGAAGGUAGCCCUGUUUAGGGAAGCUUUUAAUGUUUGAUGUAUCACAGUAUUUUAAUAUUAUUUUGGAAGCCGCCCAGAGUGGCUGGGGAAACCCAGCCAGAUGGGCGGGGUAUAAAUAAUAAAUUAUUAUUAUUAUUAUUAUUAUUAUUAUUAUUAUUAUUAUUAUCAGGGUGGCAAACUUUCACCCCUAGCUGUUGCUAACUUGUUCAAAGGAACGGCAGCAACUUCACCCUGCGAUUGCCAUCUAGUGCUAGCUGAGAGCGCUGACAGUGGGUCUUUCUUUCUUCCCUUCCUUCCUUUCCUGCAGGCAGAAAGCUCUGGCGUCUACAGGAGGCCGAAGCGUCCAGGCGGCUUGUGACUGGUUGGUAUGAAUUAUGACCUUCUACACUCUUGAAAAAUCAAAUUUUUGAUAUCCGUAUCAGGAGAAAGUACUUGGAAUAGGAGUGCACAUCAAGGGACGUGGCUGGCGCUGUGGGUUAAACCACAGAGCCUAGGGCUUGCCGAUCAGAAGGUUGGCGGUUCGAAUCCCCGCGACGGGGUGAGCUCCCAUUGCUCGGUCCCUGCUCCUGCCCACCUAGCAGUUCGAAAGCACAUCAAAGUGCAAGUAGAUAAAUAGGUACCGCUCUGGCGGGAAGGUAAAUGGCAUUUCCGUGCACUGCUCUGGUUCGCCAGAAGCGGCUUCGUCAUGCUGGCCACAUGACCCGUAAGCUGUAUGCCGGCUCCCUUGGCCGAUCAAGCGAGAUGAGUGCCACAACCCCAGAGUCAGCCAUGACUGGACCUAAUGGUCAGGGGUCCCUUUACCUUUAAGAUGCCUUGUAUCAGACUGUGGGCUUCAUCAUUGCCCACACUGACCAUCAGCAGUUAUCCAGUGUCUCCAGAAGGGGCCCUUUUUGUUUUCUUUUUCCCCACCCCAUCCUGCCUGGCGAUGCUGGGGGUUGAUCCUGGAGUGCCCUGCAUGCUCUGCUGCUGAACUACAGGAGCUCCCGGUGCAAACUUGGUCACCCUCCUCUGCACACGUUCCAGCUUGUCAAUAUCCUUCUUAAUUUGUGGUGCCCAGAACUGGACACAGCCCUCCAGGUGUGGGCCUGACCAAGGCAGAAUAGAGUAGUCCCAUUACUUCCCUCGAUCUGGACAGUAUACUUCUGUUGAUGCAGCCUAGAUCUCACUGUAACCAGGUUUUCACAAGGCAUUUCACAAGGGCAAAAAGGAGGAACAGACUAGGAGAUGGUGUUUUCCUAGGGACAUGUUCCAGAAACUGGGGGGGGGGGGCAGUCCUGUCCCUUGUAAACAGGGACACUGGAGAGCAUAUGGUGUGGUGCCAUUGCACUGCAGCGCUGUCAGUCGUGGCGAUUGGAAUGCUGUUUCCAUACAUGGAGGCGCAUGGCCUGCCCCCACAUCAAGAGCUGCAGCCAAACAGCCGUGGGCAGAACUUCCAUCUGGGUAUGGGAGAUUUUCACCCACAACCCAGAGCUCCUGAACCACCACCACAUUUCCCACUGCACCCCCUGAAAUCUGUUCUAGAAAGCUGGCAAGGAGAACUUCUGAAAUAUCACCAAGAGCUGUCCUCAGGACAAAGAAUCUGGAGAGCUCUGGUGCUCUAUGAAGGGCUGGAGCUCAGUGGUUCAGCAUUUCCUUUGCAGGCUGAAGGUCCCAGGUUUAAUUCCCUGCUUGAAAUCCUUUCAAAAAAAUUAAUUUUAUUUUUCAUUUUCACAUUUUACCACGUUUAACGAGAAAAACAGAACCUUUACAAAUUUAAUUUGCAUUUCCCACAACUUCCCUCCCCUCCUUUCUGUGGUUAUUUAAUUUAUAUCUUUUUAUUACUGCAUAUCCAAUUCAAACCUAUUUACUAAUUUUCCUUCGUCUUUCCCUUUAAUUAUCUCUUAACGCACGUGUUUAUAUCAACCCUGCUAACGUUUUAAUUUGUUUAUAAUGUAUCUUCAAAUAAUCAAUAAAUUUUCCCCAUUCUGCUUUUAAAAAGUCUCUCAUCUUGAUUUCUUAUUCUUGCGGUAAGCUUUGUCAUUUCUAUGUACUCCAUCAAUUUUAGUUGCCAAUCCUCUUUUGUUGGAACUGUUUGUUCUUUCCAUCUUUGGGCAUAAAUCAUUCAGACAGCUGUGGUAGUGUACAUAAACAGUUUUUUUUCUGUUCAUUGGGUACCUCUCCACCGGUUAUACCUAGAAGAAAAGCUUUUGGUUUUAUCACAAAAGUUAUCUUCAGCAUUUUUUUCAACUCAUUAUACAUCAUUUCCCAUAAAGCUUUUGCUAACUUACAUGACUGACAGCCUGGAGAGUCAUUGCAGCAAGCCAGUGUGGCCAAAACUAAAGUAAAUGGAUCCAUAUAUUAUUAUUAUUUUUUUAAAGGUAAGGAACCCCUGGACGGUGAAGUCCAGUCAAAGGCGACUGUGGGGUUGUGGCCAAGGAAGCCAGUGUUUGUCCGCAGACAGCUUUCCCUUUAAAUGGAUCCUUAGUCUGACCUUGCAUAAAGCAUCCUCCUUUCUUCCCAGGAAUGCAUGCAAGACUCUUAGAUUCUUGACUGUUUCUUUCUCGCUCCAGACUGAUAUUUUUUGCAUCCUGGCCUCUGUAUUGGUCAUCUUUUCUGACUGCAUUCAUUUGCCAAACUUGUUUCUUCCCUUCUCCUCUCUUGCAACGGCUGUUCAUUUCCCCCUGUUUUCCCUUACAGGCUGUUUUCACACGUAUGCGACCCCUUUCUCGAUGACCCCCUGCCUCGGGAGUACGUCCUCUACCUGCGUCCCACCGGCCCCUUAGCGCAGAAGCUCUCCGACUUCUGGCAGCAGUCGAAGCAACUGUGCGGGAAGAACAAAGCUCACAAUAUCUUCCCCCACAUCACACUCUGCCAGUUCUUUAUGGUGAGUUGGUCCUUUCCCCUUCAGCCUGCAUUGAUCUGUUGGCCAAAGUGCUUCCAGAUGUCCUGUUUGUGGAGCACUCGUCCUCACUGACUUACACAAAGCUUCUGAGGAGGUUAAACCAUGCCUUCACUGAGCCUUUGAUCUUCCCAAGGAGGUUAUACAACAAUGAGUAUUCCUCCUGAUUUCUUUGCAGGGUGUGCCUGCGUCUUCUUGAGGGUUUCUUGCAGGCAUCUGCUUGGCCACUGUGAGAAGUGGACUAGAUGGGCCAUUGGCCUGAUCAAGCAGACUCUCCUUUAUGUUCUUAAAGCUACAAUAAGUUGUACCAAACUGCUUAAGGCAGGCUUUCUGAAACGAUGCUACUGUCCAGUUUACAAAGUAGCUGGCAGAUCUUGGCCAAAGUGGAACAUUCAGCUUUGGAAGACUCCAGUUGCUUGCGACAGCAAUUGGUUAGUCCAUGGAGUGUCCACACUGAGCUGCCAUCUGAAUAGGUUUCCCUGACUUUCCACCAAGAAAGGACACUUUUCAUCUCUAUAAGAAAUGGGCAGGGCGAGUAAGACUGGCUUCUCUGUUCAUCUCUUAAUUAUCUUCCACCUACAGGAAAUAUUGAAAAACACAACCUAGAUAAAGUUCUCUGAACUUUAUACUUUUUUUUGAUUUUGUGCUCAUGCACGUCUGGGUGUCGGUAUGAAAGUAACAGCUAUGGAAACUUCACCUGGUAGACCACUUCAUUUUGGUUUGCAUGCCGUGGCGAUGCAGUGAGUGGGUUGCUAACUGAAAGACAUGUGGGGAAAUAAGGCAAGUGUAACAGGAGCCCUAGUCCAACAACAUCUGGAGGAAACUGUGUUGGCUACCCUUGGGCUGCAGAAUCUUGGGACAAUCCAACUGAUUUGGGGGUUUGAUGGGUACACGUUUCCAGUGCUCAUGGUGCAUCAGAUCAUGGCCUCUAAACUGACCACAGUCUCUUGGCAGUGCGAAGACAGCAAAGUCGAGGCACUCUGUGAAGCUCUCCAUGCUACUGUGACCCGGUGGCGGUGCAAGUUCCCCGUCCCUUUGCCCCUGGAGCUCUACACCUCGUCCAACUUCAUUGGGCUCUUUGUCAAGGAGGACAGCGCAGAGGUCCUCAAGAAAUUUGCCGCAGACUUUGCCAUGGAAGCCACUUCUAAAGCCGGUGGGUGCUCAGGGCAGGGUGCAACUUCUUUAACUUUUAUAUUUUAUUUCUUUAAUGCAAGAUGUUUCUGUUCCACCUUUUAGACUUCUUUGCAUUUAUGAUUUUAAAAAGCCUCCCAGGGUAGUUUACAAAGUUGGGAAAGCCCCUGUAAAGUUUGGGGCCAAGGUAUCUCAAGGACUGCUUGCUCCCAUAUGAACCUCUCCAUGCUCUUAAGACUAGUGUGGGGCACUUUCAACCCUCCAGAAGUUGAUGAACUACAGUUCCCAUCACCCCUGGCCAUUGAGCAUAGUUUGCUGGGGCUGAUGGGAGUUGUAGUUCAGCAACAUCUGGAAGACUAAAGUUUCCCACCACCUGCUUCUAAGAUCAGUCGGUGAGACAUCUCUCCUGGGUCCACCCAUCUGUUAAGAGCAGAUGAGUAGUGAACAGAGAGCGGGGCCUUUUCUGUGUUGGCACCCACUCAAAGAACAUUCUUAGUUCUGUAAGCUGGUUGCUCACACUUAUGAUCUUUCUGCACUAGGCUGAAAUGUUAUACAUAUCCAGGUCUUUAAACUCAGUUUGUUGCAAGAGUGGCUGGUAGGGAGGGGCAGAACUGCAGACCCGGCCUCCUGACAGCAAUAUACCAGUGCUCUCAAUGGUAUGUCUACUACACUGUCCUGACUUUGCUGCUGUCCUCAUGCUGUCCUAGAACACUGUAGCAACGCUGGUGCCGAGAGAUCCAUGGUGCCAGGUGAGGUAUUGGAAUAAAGUCUGACCACCAGGAUGCCACCACAAAAAAGGCCCUGUCUUUGGAAGUGCUUGCCUAACUUUCUGAAGGUGCAAGGACACCUGGUGGAGGGCAGCUUCUUGUAGUGGGUGGCAGUCUUUUAGUUACAGAGGCUCCAGACUCCAUGCUGUAUAAUAUGCCCUUCGUAACACAAGUAAAGGGCUUUUUAUCUUCCUGACAUAUGACCAGUUUGCCAUUAUUCCCACCUUCACCAUGUUUUCAAUAUGCAGUUUGGCUCACUUGCUGGAGCCCUCUGCUAGAUCCACUCCCCCACUUCCUCCACUUCUGGCAGUUCAUUUGCUCUGUAGAUUGCCUAGGGUGGUUUACAUGCAGUGAAGUUUCUGCAUGUGCUGAGAUUAUGUAGGAGCACAAGAUAUUUUAACUGUUUAAUAUAUAUAUUUUCUGUUUUAUGCACUGUAUUUUUUGGGCGGGUUUUUUUUUUUCAUUUCUGUAAUUGCUUCAGCUACACAAAAAUAAAUAAUAUUCACAAUCCAAAAAAUAAACAGAUUGUACAAUGGGGCUUCCAGUCUCUGGACGUGUCCUGUGUGGCUCCUUCUAUUUUCCAACACUUUGCGAUGCAAAAUAUCAAGAGUCAGUCCCGAGAGAACAGACCCUUUUUUCCUUUUCUUUUUUUGAGCUCCUGGAGAUCUGAACUUUCAUUCUUGAGCUAAGAGAGAGGUGCCCCACUGUGUUCUGCCUCAGCCCUCCCACUCUCAUUGCUUCAAAAGAAAAACAGAAUCUAUACUUCCUCUGAUUCAUUAUCUCCUGAGAAGGAAGCUGACAUUUCGGCAGUUCUUUAACCUUUCUGACAGAUGCGUGUUUGUUCUGUGCUUGCAAUGCUGGUGCUUCCUGCAUCCUCUCGGUGUCUCAAGAUGCCUGUAAACAAAAUCCUUUCGUUGAUGGGCAAGAGAUGGGGGAGAAGGGCCGUUCAGUUUGCAUUAAAAGGCAAAGUUCUCUCAUUUGCACCUUCGGAAACAACAGGCAGACCGAAACUCAGCCGUGCUUUGGAAUUUGCACAUCUCUGAAAUUUUGCAACGCAGCUCUUCAGUCAAGCCAUGCAUCCAGAAAUGCACAGGCUAAAAUAUACAUUAAAAUGCAUAUAGAUAUAGAUAUGAAUGCAUUUUUGUAUUUCAUAUUCACUAUUAGGGAAAAUUGCUUUGCAAAUUGUGUAUGCUGUGGGGGGGAGAGUGGGAUGUGCAAAUGUGUACAUUAGGAGAGAUUUGUGCUAAAAUGAUGGUGAAUUGCACACAGAAUUACCAUUCCCAGAGUCCCCUUUGUAGAGAGAUUUUUAUUUAUCUAUCGAAUUCCCACAACAACCCUGUUAGGUGGGGGUAGACUGAGAAACGGUCACUAGCCCAAAGUCACCCCCUGAGCUUCAUGGCCGAGUAGGAAUCUGGCCUCUCAGGUCUGUGAGGGGAAUGGAAGUUUCCAGAAAACUCCCAGUGGAUAACACUUCCCAGGAUUCCUUGUGGGGUAGCCAUGACUGUUUGAGGGGGCAUGAUAUUGUGCUAAAUGCAUAGUGCAGAUGGGGCCUUAAUAAUCUCUUACAAGCCUUAUUUUUUAUAUAAAAAAAUAAGGAAUGUCUUCAAUAGGGGUUGAAAAGACAACAAAAACAUCCCAGAAGCACCUGACUCACCAGCUCUGAGCUAGGCUAACCUGGCUGAUAUCCAGUCGUCUCAGUGGCUCCCAACUGACCACAGAUUUCCAAUUUGCAGAUGUUCACGUGGAACCCCAUAAGAAGCAGCUCCACGUCACCCUGGCCUAUCACUUCCAAGCCAGCCACUUGCCGACGCUCGAGAAGUUAGCUCAGAGCAUAGACGUCAAGCUGGGCUGCGACUGGGUGGCUGCAAUAUUCUCCCGGGAUAUUAGAUUUGCCAAUCAUGAGGUAAGCGUGGGACUGCUUGUUCCCUUUAGGGGAAAUGAAGGCGGUUGCUGCGUUUGAUUCCAAACAUGCAGCGAGGGUGGGCUCUUGGGGUGGGAGUUGUUCUUGCAGGAGAAUCCAUGUCUGCUUUAAUAUAAAGUAGGCACAGGCAAGUUGUGGCUCCAAGGGUUUAAUCCAGAUCACGAGGUCUGUUCUGUCUCAACCCAGUGCCUAUCCACAUAAGAUGUAGGAGCACUAGGGUAGGGAGGGCAGUUGCUACUGGGGAAAGAGAUUUAUUUUUGGUUGGUUGGUUGGGGAGGAGCCAUUGCUUAGCCUGUGCUCUUCAUAAACAAGGUCUCCUAGUUCAGUCCCAAACAUCUCCAGGUCGGGCUGCAGAUGUCCCCUUUCUGAAAAUCUGGAGGUCCACUUCUAGGCAUUGUGGGCAAUCUGAGCUGGAUAGACCAAUGACUUGCAACAAGGCAGUUUCUGAUGUUCUUCCUCUCAUUCACCGUUGGCUUAAGGCUUUCUCCUUCUCCACCCCUUGCAGACCCUCCAGGUGAUCUACCCAUACACCCCACAGAACGAUGACGAGCUGGAGCUGGUCCCGGGGGACUUCAUCUUCAUGUCUCCCGUGGAGCAAGUCACCACCAGCGAAGGCUGGAUUUACGGCACUUCGCUGGCAACAGGGUGCUCUGGGCUGCUGCCUGAGAAUUACAUCACCAAAGCAGAUGAGUGCGGCACAUGGGUGUUCCAUGGGUAAGAGGUCUGAUCCUGCUUGCAUGGGUGGCAAGGGCUUUUAUUGUGGAUGAGUCUGCCACUAGAAGGUCACAGCGUGGUGGUAGGGAAGCUCAAGCUGACUCACGGAUGAGGGAGAAACAAGUCAUUUUAGGUUCGGGCAUCAAUUAUUGACUAUGAUUAUGAUUACUAUAUUUAUUUAUAUCUCCCUAGUCAGAUUCAGUCCUUUGACAUUCAUGCACCUAUCUAACGAUGGUUCAUUCAUUUAAAUGGGUCUUCUCUCACUGCCAAUGUAAACCAGCGAACGAAUAGAAAGAGAACCUGCUCAAGUGACGCUGCCACAAAAACCUCACACAUAAACCAAUUUUGAAAAAAGGAAAAAUAAUAUGUAAAUUUACCAGCCACUCUCUCCUCCCACCUCUCUUUCCCUUUCUAUCCUGUACUAGAUAGAGAAUUGUCUAACGUUGAACAUAACUCAGAGACUCUAUGAUCUCAAAAAGAGAGAGAGAAAGAGACAUUGCGCAUUCUUUUGUAAUUCAAGAAAAUAUUUAAUAAAAAUUAUUUCCAAAAGAAAAAAAAAGAAAUUAGUAAACUGCAACCCAGAAAUCCUGGCUGAUCAUCUCACUCAGAGCCUGCCCAGUCCUUUUGUAAGAUGCCUUGUACAUACUUGAUUAUGGGGGAAAGUGGGCUGUACAUCAUUAAAUAGAUGAAAUGUGCAUCAGCAUCCACAAACCACCUGUGCCUGUUUUGGCAGGUCAUAUUCCAUUCUGAACGCCACUUCGUCCCCCUCCCUCCUGAUGUUCACUGACGGAGUGAUGGAUCGAAGGUUGCAGGAAGACCAAGGACCAGGGGAUACUGGGCCCCUCACAAUCUUCUGCCAGAGCAUGCAGGUAAGGUUCAUCUGCACCUUUACCUGCCUCCAAGGCAGGCUGAAACACCAGAAGGGGGGAAAGGAAGGCUGGUUAUUUAUUAUACUAAGGUGUUGCUUUUUUAACCUCAUCCUCAGCCCUUAAGGAUCGCCAACUCACCUGGGCCACAGAAGAGGUGCCUUUUCGUUUGCCGACAUGGCGAAAGGAUGGACGUUGUGUUUGGAAAAUACUGGCUCUCACAGUGUUUUGAUGCCAAAGGUGAGUUUGUUUCUAUCACAGUGUUUUACUUUUUUUAUUGGGAGACAUCCAAUGCCAUCAGAGCAGACAUUAGUUCACUGGGAAUAGAGGAGGAAUCUGCACAGCGUGGUGUAGUGGUUAAGAGCGGUGGAUUCAUAAUCUGGUGAACUGGGUUCGCUUCCCCGCUCCUCCACAUGCAGCUGCUGGGUGACCUUGGGCUAGUCACGCUUCUCUGAAGUCUCUCAGCCUCACUCACCUCACAGAGUGUUUGUUGUGGUGGAGGAAGGGAAAGGAGAUUGUUAGCCACUUUGAAACUCCUCAGGGUAGUGAUAAAGCAGGAUAUCAAAUCCAAACUCCUCCUCCACUACUGAAAUUUCAAAGUGGACUCCACAGAUCCAGUCAGACCAAUCUUCGUCUUCAGAAUCUACCGUCUGGUAGAUUCCAUUACAAGUUCAAGGGAUGCACACUGCCUCCAUUCCCCACACCCAUAUUUUUUUCUUUUAAAGUUGUAGAGUAGGGUGUUUGCUUUUCAGUUGCCCCCCAACCCAAGUGGCUGAUACAUAGGGCUUUUGACCUCUGCACACUUCAAUUGCAUAGAGAGCAGCUCUGCUUGGGAACAACAAGACAUAUUGACAUUCUCUCACUCUCAGGAGGAACUGUAUUGGGGUGGGGAUCUAGCUGCCCUCAAGUAAACACCUUGGGACUCCCUUCUGCAGGAUCUUCUCCCUCUCUGGAACGUCACACAAUCUUCCAAAUGUUUUGUUGCCUCUCUUGGGUGGCUGGGGGAACUCACAUUACAAUUUGAGAACUGCUACCUGAAGGACAUGAGCUUGGGGGAAUCACCUAAAUUUUUGCCUCCUUGCUCUCUGUGUCUCCUGACAGGAAGGUACAUGCGGACAAACCUGAAUAUGCCUCACAGCCUACCUCAACGGAGUGGUGGUUUCAGGGAUUAUGAAAAGGAUGCCCCCAUCACCGUGUUUGGCUGCACUCAAGCACGGCUUGUGGGUAAGCUCCCCACUUGGGGAACAGUAUUUUUCUUUUUCUAUUAGAGGUGGCGCUGUGGUCUAAACCACUGAGCCUCUUGGGCUUGCCGAUCAGAAGGUCGGCAGUUCGAAUCCCCGCAAGGGGGUGAGCUCCCGUUUCUCAGUCCCAGCUCCUGCCAACCUAGCAGUUCGAAAGCACGUCAGAGUGGAAGUAGAUAGAUAGGUACUGCUCCGGCAGGAAGGUAAACGGCUUUUCCGUGCGCUGCUCUGGUUUCGCCUUGAGAGUUUUGGGUCCUAGUCUCUCUUGCUCUCUUAACGGAUCCUUGUCUGUCAAACAUCCAGCCACAACAUGAACAGUUAUAGCACAUCGACCACGAUAGUAAUAAUAAUAAAAUCAGGCCUGCUUGCUCUGUCUUGCAACUCUUCCAAAACUACUCUGGCUCUUGGGCAUUAGGGGACGAGAGGGACCAAUGGAGGGGUGGCUUUUCCUACUUGCCAUCACCUUGAAUUAAAGUGCAUUAGGCCCACUGCAAAGAAGCCAUUAUGAGCUGGAAAUCAGAGAUGUCUCAGAGUCUAGAUUUUCUAGGUUAAGAAAUAUGAGCCUCAGGGGCUGGUCAUGCUCACCUCAAAUUACAACUUCCCAAUUCUUCUUCUGGCUCAGAUUUCGUUCUCAGUGAAAGAAAAACCCCAUUCCUCACCAUGUUCCUCCUGCUCACCUCUUCCCAUGAUCCUCUACUCCUGGGGUAGCCAGUGUGGCGCCUUACAGGUGGUGCUGCACUAUGAGUCCCGUUAUCCCUGGCUGUCGGCCAUGCCGACUAGGAGUGGAGACCCAACAAGAUCUGGAGGACCACCCCGUUAGUUGUGCUUGACUGCUAGUGUGCCUGGGUGCAAAAGGGGGGGAGCUCCUGCACUUUUAAUAGCUUUGUAAAAAAAGAGAAUUUCAUUUUUAAAAAAUAUUUUUUUAAUUAGAUUUUCACAUUUUUAUACACUUUAUCUCUAACCAAUUCAAACAUUAGAUUACAAGGUUCUCUGAACCUUCAGACUUCCUUCCCUCCCUCCCAUUGAUUGUUAUAUUAAAAGGUUAAGUUUUCUGCAUCUUAUGCUUUGUCCAACUAUUCUAUAUCUCUGAUUAUCAUAAUCAAUUUCACAUUACAAAUGUCAUUACGCUACCAAUAAUUUUAACUUUUUAAAGUGGUUUUUUAAAAAAAUAAACUACAAUUUUACUCCAGUCUCUAGCAAAUACUUGAUCCUCUUGGUUUCUGAUCUUCCCCGUCAGUUUCACACUUUCCGCAUAUUCCAUCAAUUUCGUCUGCCAUUUUUCCUUUGUUAGUAGUUCUUCUUCUUUCCAUUUUUGAGUUAGUAGCAUUCUCGCUGCCAUCAUUACAUAGAUAAAAAGUCUUUCUUUUAGGUUUAAUAGGUGAAGAAAUACCAAGAGAGGAUAAAAGACUUUUUAAAAAAGAUAAUUUCAGCUCAGAUGACAAACUACAUUUGGCGAAAUGCCCUCUUCUAUUAAAUGUGCAGGUGACCUGCCCUUUGUUUUUGCAUCUAGUCACACUAGCAGCGGAAGCUGGGAUUUCAGCUGGUGCAGCUUGCUAUACAAGCUGAAGUUCUUUACACAACGUAUAGUUAAACUGUGGAACUCACUGCCACAGGAGGCAGUGAUGGCCAGUAAUGUGGAUGGAUUUAAAAGAGGAUUGGGCAAAGUCAUGGAGGAGAAGGGCUAUCAGUGGCUACGAGCCACAACGGCUAUGCUCUGUCUCUGCUGCCAGAGGCAGUAAUGGUUCUGAAAAAGCAGUUGCUGGAAACCACAAGAGGGGAAAGGGCUCUUGUGCUUUGGUCCUUUUUGCAGGUUUCCCACAGGCAUCGGGUUGGCCGCUGUAAGAACUAGAUGAGGCUCUCCACAUGCUCUUAUGUUCAGAGAAAUUAUUUCCUUUACACUGACAUCGUUUGCACUUGGGCACCCUGUCUAUUGUUGUAAGUCAUUAUCUGGCAGGGAACCAAUUUUGUAUUGGCUCUGAACCAAAUACUCCAAGUGUGGUGAAGGGGAGAGAAGAGAAAGAGGUGGAAAACACGGCUAUUCCUGCCAAAGGUUAAUCUUAUUCAGCAGCAGCAGCCAUUGGGAGAAUGGACCCAGGGGUGUAGAAAGGGUGUGUGCGGGGUGUGCAGUCCGCCCUGGGUGUCAUCCUUGAGGGGGUGACAAAAUGGCACACCGUGGGGGGGGCACUUACCGCGGGGCCUGGCCUGCAUGUGUCUCUCCUGGGAGUGACACGGUGACUCGUGGCCCCGCACUGCCCAAAACAGCAGCGUGGGGCUUGUGUCUGCCAGGCGGACUCCGUGGGCAGCUCGCCGUGGCACACCCCCCAUGGGUGGAUCUCUGCUGCACCCCUGUGCGCGGAUUACCAUCGCAGCCCCAUGGGCGAAUCGCCCCGCCCCCACCACUCUGGUUCCGGAGCAGCUAGCUACGCCCCUGAAUGGACCUUGAGCCUAGGAUUGUUGCCAGUCUCUUUGGUUGGUUGGUUUAAGCCAGGCUUUGCAACCCUGGUGCUCUAAAGAGGUUUUGGGCUUCAAACCCCUCAGCCCCAGCCAGCACGUAGUCAAGCAUAUUUAGAGGGCACCAGGUUGGCAAAGGCUGGUUUAGACAGAGAGCUGUUGCAAUUUUCCUACAUUCUGCAUGUGCGCAGCAGUUUCCAAGGCUUGCCUGGUGGCCCUGCUGCCUUUCUGUGCUGCCAUUUGUGCCAGUUCCUGUGCGAGACGAGCAGCAGCCAUUGUCGGGGUGACUUUGGAGGUGACGACUUAAGCUGUGAUCUCUAUUUGCACAUAACUGUCAGCUCAGCAGCGAAAACACAUUUGGCUGCAAAUCCAUGAGCUGCUGUAGUGACACAUCGAUUUGAGUGCCUGUUUGAGAAACGAACGAGUCGCUGGGGAAGCUUCCCAAUGCUGAGAUUCUCCAAGCACUGCGUGAGAAGGCCGGCUCCUUGCUUCUCCCAUGCAAAAUAUCUCGGGGAAGCAAGACAUUCGACACCUAGUCAUACAGCAGGGGACAAAGCAUUAUUUUAGCACGUGUGGAAUUGUUGGCUGUGACUAUCACUCACAAUCCUGAGAGUUGCCUGCUUUCUCACAGGAAACUGUGGGCAGUCCAGUUACCCAUCUCUGUGUGUAGAAGCCUCAGGACCUUAUUGUGAGCACAAUAGAAUUGUUGCUCUGGUAUCAUUAUUAUUAAAUUCAUUGUUCCGCCUUUCACCAUCAGGUUACGACCAUUUAAAAUUCAGUCUUAUAAAACAGUUAAAACCGAGUACAGUUUCAGGAAGAGGGUGAUACCCUGAAAAUGUGCAUCUCAGGUGUCAAAGGUCAGGGUAAUAAUUAGAUGCAGAAAGAAAUGUUCCUGUCUAGAAAUGUUUGAUUUAAGUGGCAUGAUGUUGAUAUAAGUUGUGCUGCAUUUGCAAUAGGAGGGUGUGUGUUCAGGAGAGAGUCUCUUGAGAAGGUAGGAAGGGGGCAGGCUCCAGCCACGCCCCUCUAAACUGGCCUGCUAGGGAGUCUUCAUGUUGCUAGAGGACCUCUCCUUUAUCCGUGGGUUGGCAAUCAGAAGUUGUGGGGAGAAAAAUCAAGGCAGUAGAUUUGGCACCAGUUAGGAAUCCUUAUGGCUUGGAUCAGGACGGUCCUACUUUUCAUACCGAGAGGGCCACACACUGCCUUGUCGCGCAGGAUGAGGCACAAGACCAAGAUUUGGCACCCCCUUCCCAUGUUCCCAAAGGCAGCUAAGCAAGGCACCAGGCUUUGGGAUGGAGGCAUGAGGCUCUGGCAGGGUCCUAGAGCCCUCCCAUCUCCUUCCCGAAGCUGGGAAAGUGCAAACUAGGCUUUGGGAAGGAGGUAGGAGGACUCUAGAACCAUGUCAGAGCCCUCACACCUCCUUCCCAAAGCCCAGCACCUCCCUUACCUGGCUUUGGGAAGGCAGGGCAAGGGCUGCAGGGGGCAUCAAAUGUUUCCAAGGGCCUCCAAAUAAGCCCUCAAGCAUGUGUUGGAGUGCCCUGCCUUAGAUUGAGAGAGGAUGAAUCAAUUGAUUUAAUUGACCAAAAGUACAAAGUUGCCUUAUGCCAGACUAGACAAGUCUGUCCAUUUAGUUCAAUAUUGUCAUCUCUGGCAUAGUCCUGACACAGACCCGACUCGCUUGGAAGGUGGUGGACUCUCCUUCCUUGGAGGUUUUUAAGCAGGGGUUGAAUGGCCAUCUGUCAUGGAUGUUUUAGCUGAGAUUCAUACAUUGCAGGGGGUUGGACUAGAUGACCCGGGGGACCCUUCCAGCUCCAUUAUUCUAACCCACUACCUAAUAUUUUUUAACUGUCAGUGCGGGGAAUUCAACUUUGGACCUUCUGUGUGCAAAGGAUAAGCUACAAUCUUUCUUUCUUAUAAGAGAAAUAACUGAUUGCAACAACAGCAAUAUACGGACAAACUAUUUUCCUAUUUUAUUAAGCGUUCUCUAAACACAAGCAUUCCUUAAAAUGAUGAACGGAUAGUCUCCCUGAAGCCCACCCCAUUGUUUUGUUAGUUUCAGUGGGCUGCCGGAAGAGGACAAUUGCAGCCAGAAGUGUUCCCAGCUUACAGCUGGGAUGCUCAAAUAAUAUCUGCCCUGUAUUCAUACAGAGUGCAAGAUUCUUUACUUAAAGCAGAUGGGAAGUCACAGUGAAAUCUGCCAGUUUUUUCUACCAGAAUCCUAAGAGUUGGAAAGUGCAAUGUGGCUGCCCCCUGCAGGUGGAAAAUGAGUCUUGCUUCGCCACCAAACUGCUGUGUUUGUUUCAAGACUGAAAUGGUUAUCUGCCAGAUAUCGAAGGAACUGCUGUGGCCCCAGCAGCAAAAGCCCUGCUUUAAACAGGAAACGACUAUUGAUCAGGAGCAAACUGACCCAGAGCAAUAAUAAUAAUAGCUGGCUAAGAAUAGAUGAACAAAAGACGAGCCUGCUGGGUCAAGCUGAUGGCCCAUCUCAUCCAGCCUCCUGUUCUCACAGUGGCCAGCCAGAUGGCCAUAGGAAACCAGCAAGCAGGAGCCGGGACAGUAUGGUGUAGUGGUUAGAGAGCUGGAGCAGGAGCUGGGAGAACAAGGUUCAAAUCCCCACUCUUGCCAUGAAGCUCACUGCAUGACCUCUCGACCUAACCUACUCCUCAGGGUUGUUGUGAGGGUAAAAUGGGAAGGAAGAACACUAUGUACACCACCUUGAGUUUGGGAGAAAGAAGGUGGGAUAGUUAGAAAGAAAGAAUCUGUAGCAUUAUAAUCAGGAAAACUGAUGCAAUAUUCUCCAGGUCUGAAUGCACUCUUAUUUUGAGCAUGUGUCUUCAAACAGGUGAGGCCCUCCUUGAAAGUAACACAGUCAUCCACCACAUCUACUGUUCCCCGUCACUGCGCUGCGUACAGACUGCACACUAUAUUUUGAAAGGUAAGAAGAUGGCAACAAGGUAGCUGGAUUAAAUAAUAAUCAUAUUUUUAUUAUUUUUAUUAUUUAUACCCCACUCAUCCAGUUGGGUGUCCCCAGCCACUCCGGGCAUAUAUAUAACAGCAUACUAAAACAUCAGACAUUAAAAACUUCCUGAUACAGGGCUGCCUUCAUGCUUUGUUCAUAUUGUCUUCCUUCCUUCCUUCCUUCCUUCCUUCCUUCCUUCCUUCCUUCGAAACUCCGGUGGUCCUUUCUGCAAACAGGGGUGAUGUCUCAUUUUGAUAGCCAUAACUAGGCGGGGGGGGGAGGAAUUUAUAUGCAAGGGGAGGCACAGAUGCCCUGGAGUGAAAAUCCCCCCCCCCAAAAAAAACCCCUAUAGCUGAACAAAACCUACAGCCACUUUGCAUACCUGCAGCUUCUGAUGCUCCAUCCCCCAAAGGGGAUGAAAAAUAGUGGAUUUUUAGUUAAGGGCUCCCAAAAUAUUUGCAAAAUCAGGAAUGAGAAAAUGCCUUGGAGUGUUCUAUUUAUGUCCCUGUCCCGGACUUGUAAUGUGUUUCUUAUUCAGAGCGCCCCAUUUUUUACCUUUCAACUCCCAGGCUUGCAGCAGGAAAAUAAUCUGAAGAUUCGUGUAGAGCCGGGCUUAUUCGAGUGGACGAAAUGGGUCGCUGGGAGCUCCCUGCCUGCCUGGAUACCUCCAGUGGACUUAGCGGCAGCCAGUUUGAGUGUGGAUACAACUUAUAGGUAAGAGAAGCCAAUGUGGUGCAUUUUUUGUUUGUUUGGGACCUUGUGAAGCUGGAACACAGGGAGCUUGUGUUCCUCUACCCCAGCCUUACCCAGACUAAUGCCUUCCAAAUGUUUUGGACUACAACUCCCAUCAUCCCAGACCAUGGCCCAUUCUGGCGGGGGUUGGUGAGAGGUGAUCUGGAGAAUUUCUCCCCUUUUUGAUGGGAAAGAACCGUGGCUCAGUGGUAGUAGAAUGCAUGUGAGUGCCUGGAGGUGGUUGGAGGAUGGAUGGCAGCUAACAAAUUGAGGUUGAAUCCUGACAAGACAGAAGUACUGUUUUUGGGGGACAGGGUAUGGGGGACUCCCUGGUCCUGAAUGGGGUAACUUUCCCCUUGAAGGACCAGGUGCGCAGCCUGGGAGUCAUUUUGUACUCACAGCUGUCCAUGGAGGCGCAGGUUAAUUCUGUGUCCAGGGCGGCUGUCUACCAGCUCCAUCUGGUACGCAGGCUGAGACCCUACCUGCCUGCAGAUUGUCUCACCAGAGUGGUGCAUGCUCUAGGUAUCUCCCGCUUGGACUACUGCAACGCGCUCUACAUGGGGCUACCUUUGAAGGUGACCCAGAAACUGCAACUAAUCCAGAGUGCGGCAGCUAGACUGGUGACUGGGAGUGGCCACCGGAACCACAUAACACCGGUUCUGAGAGAUCUGCGUUGGCUCCCAGUACGUUUCCGAGCACAAUUCAAAGUGUUGGUGCUGACCUUUAAAGCCCUAAACGGCCUCAGUCCUGUAUACCUGAAGGAGCGUCUCCACCCCCACCAUUCAGCUCGGACACUGAGAUCCAGUGCCAAGGGCCUUCUGGAGGUUCCCUCACUGCGAGAAGUGAGGUUACGGGGAACCAGACAGAGGGCCUUCUCGGUAGUGGCGCCCACCCUGUGGAACACCCACCCUUCAGAUGUGAAGAAAAUAAGCAGCUAUCCUAUCUUUAAAGGACAUCUGAAGGCAGCCCUGUUCAGGGAAGUUUUUAAUAUCUAACGCUGUACUGUUUUUAACACUUGAUUGGGAGCCGCCCAGAGUGGCUGGGGAAACUCAGCCAGAUGGGCAGGGUAUAAAUAAUAAAUUAUUAUUAUUAUGCUUUGAAUGAAGAAGAUCCACAGUUCAAUCCUGGCCAUCUCCCAAGUAGGGAUGGACAAGCUCCCAUCUGAAAUCCUGACAAGCCACUACCAGUCAAGGUAGACAUAGUGCUGACAUGAUCGGCCAAUAAUCUGUCGGAGUACAGGGCAGUUUCCUGUGUAGUUCAAAACUUCUGGUUUUUUUUCUUUUUCUUUCUUUGUUUUUUUAAUGAUAUUUAUUAAGCAUUUUAAAGUUACAGAAGAGACAAAGAGACAAAGAGGGGGGAAAAGGAAAAAAAACAAGGGAAAAGCAAACAGCAGUCAAACAGUACAAAUCAAUAAAAGUCAAAAAGAACAAAAACAAAACACAUCAAAAUCCAAAAAACAAAGGUAAACCACAUUUAAAAACAAAUCCAAUAUUCCCAAAUCCUUAACUGUCAUUGCCUUAUUUCAUCGACCUCCUCACACCUCCCUUUUUUGUAUUCCAGUUAUUAAUUAUAACAGCAAAUCCUUCCCAUUUUUCAUAAUAUUCUGUCAUUAAAUUACCUUAAUCUAUUUUAACCUGUCUUACUAUAAAAAACCCUAAAACUUAAAGCUUAAAUCUUAUUUAUACCAAUUUCUCAUAACCAUAACAUAUUCUUGCAUAGUUCUUUUUAACAUUUCUGCUAGAGCCAAAUAGUUUCGUUCCAACAUUUUUCUAAUACUCAUUAAUUUUGGAAAACAAUCCUAAAUAAUUUUUUAAAAAAAACUUUCUUCCAAUCUUCAUCCAACGUCUCUUCCUCCUGGUCCCGGGUUUUGUCAGUCCUUUCUGUCCCAUCCAUCUAGUUCAUUAACCUGGUAAUCUUAUGUCCGAGGCCCUUAAGUCUCUUCCAUGUCCCUUCCGCAGAUCUUCUUCAUAUUUAUACCUGUACUUUACUUUGUCUCCUGGUCCUUUCACUCGUGGAAACUCCAACUUGACAGUAUUUUUGUCCCUUCUUGACAGAUCAGCCCCUUUUCCAUAGUCCACACUGAACUCCAUGUAGUAUUUAAAAGCAUGUUUCAAGGUCCCUCCAGAGUUGAGGACCCCCACAACCCCAAACUCCUCACGGCCCAAUGCCAGACUUGAAAAGUCAAGACAUCCCUGCAUAGGGGGGGUCUAUCCAGCCCCCCAUCUCCAAGCCCAACAAAACUCUAUCUCUCCAAAUCUGGCUUUUUCCAAGUUCAUUUGUCAAAUCCAACAACUCAUGUUCCUGCUGGGCCACAGCUCCCUCCAUCUCUGCCACCCGAGGUCCAACAACAAUCUCCUCCCUCAUCUGAUCUGUCAGAGCACACUCCUGAGUUGAUUCCUGGGUGGGUUCUAUAUAGGUACCCACUACGUGUCCAAAAUUUCUAAUCGCAACAGUCAUCAAAUCCGUCUUCUCAUGUAGCUGUUCCAAUAAAGCACUUGUCUUACAGAAGGCACGCACCAGAGCCUCUGAAUACACAUUGUUAUGCAAGGUCAGAAGUCUGUUCCCACGAUCUUAAUCUGUUUGCAGCUGCGAAGCUCCCCAGUUCAAGUUUAAUAACAGUUUCACAAGCUCCCUCUAGGGGGAGAACUUCUAUUUGUAUCAAUCUCUUUUCUUUUCUUUUUUUUACCAGCAGAUCUAACAACAAAGUUUCCUUUUUUCAGAUAUUUUGUCAGUAUUUGUUCCUUUAAAAUGCGAAAGAGAACAAUGGAAUCACUAUGUUUCUCUUCUUUUAACUGUAUGUCAAAAACAUUUGUCUAUAGUCAAUGAACUUUCCAAAAACGUCUGUCCUGACACCCCGCUCCCAGGUUCAAGACGGUGGAAAAUUACUUUUCUUUACACUCUCUCCUGCAAGUUUAAACAAUCCGGGAAAAAUCCCCCCUCUUCUCCUACUUCCGAAGGGGGUUCAGUAGUUUUAGAUGAUGAAAGCUGAUCCUUUACAAAUGAUUUUCUGAACUCUAGUUUGCCAUGUCUUUGCUUUAAUCUAUCUACAAGAAACGGAAGGCUGACUUCCUGUUUAGACCUUCCCGCUUCAGUGCCAAAUUAAGAAGAAUUUCCUAAUCCAAAUUUUCCCUUCUACUCACAGAUCGUUGUUUAAAGUCCAAUUGUCCAAAUUUGAUCUGCUCACGGGUAGUUGUUUUUGUAACCAAAUUGUCCCAGGAAAAAGGUAGCGCUCUCCGGCAACGGCUGUGCGGCUUCGCUCCACGGAAGAAGCAGUUGACUCUCAGCACCGCUGAGGGUCACUAGCCCCUCUUCGCUCUGGAGCCCAUAGUUGGGUUCCUUUACGGAUUGGGGGGGCGCGAAAGGUGCCCGCCGAGUCCCAUGGUCACAGGCUUCCUCCGCCUGUGAUUUUUUGAAGGGUCCCCGCUUCGCCGUAGCGGAACAGACCCGUUUUCCGUGGAGCCAGUCCCUCCGGAUCAGAGGGAGUCCGCCAUUACCGAUGGCGCCACCCCGGAAGUCUGUAGUUCAAAACUUCUGGAGGAGGGCAACAGGUUGAGGGUAAUGGUUCUGCACGCUGAAAAGUCCAACCAGUUCAUCCGUGGUACAUUUAAUCAGCAGCCUACUCAGGCCAAUGGGAUUUACGGCAGGAAAGAGGCGACUGCCAGGGAGCUGAACUGAAGCAUGGAAGGUGAUGCUCUGUAAGCAUCUCUGCAUCUGGAGAAUGAAUAUGGGUUAGGGAGCCAGACAGAUGUUUUGCAAGAGGAGGGGGGAGGCAUGAUGCCUAAAGUAAAAGGCAGAGAGCAAGCUCCUCAUGUUAGGAGCCAAAUGAGUCAUGAGCUGUAGUUUGUGGCCAUUUGGAGGAAAGGAAUAGAAGAAGAAGAAGAAGAAGAAGAAGAAGAAGAAGAAGAAGAAGAAGAAGAAGAAUGCGAUCAAACAUUAAAAACUUCCCUAAACAGGGCUGCCUUCAGAUGAUAACUGGUAUUAAUUGAUAACUGGCAUUGAUAACUGGUAUCCAUCUGUGAUGGAAGAGCAUAGCCGCUGUGGCUAGUAGCCAUGUUGAACUAUAGAAUGCUAGAUAUGUUUAUGUAAAAUGUUUUAGACCACAGAUACAUGUGGAAGGGGACCCCCGGUCAUCUAGUCCAACCCCCUGCAAUCUAGGAAUCUCAGCCAAAGCACCCAUGACAGAUGGCCAUCCAACCUCUGCUUAAAAACCUCCAAGGAAGGAGAGUCCACCACCUUCUGAGGGAGACCGUUCCUGUGUGUGUGUGUGUGUGUGUGUGUGUGUGUAUGUGUGUGUAUGUUUGGGUGUGUGUUUGCGCUCCAUGAACACAUGGUAGAAGCCUAGCCAUUUUUAUUCUGGAAAAGAGUUCGGCUUCCUUCUAGCUUUUUCUUCUCAUCCCAACCAUCUUGCAUUUGAAGAAGUGGAGGCUGAGUGGGAGGAUCCCUAGGAUUGUCGUUGGGUUUGUUGAAUUCAUGCGGAGGUGGAAGGUUGGAUCCUGGCCUCCCCCAAUCCCACAAGGCAUUAUUACAGGUGGACAGGCCACCUCCUCCUCUUCUGCUUCUCCUCUCCCACUCCUGCUUUUCUUCUACACUUAUAUUUUUCUGUCCACAGACCUCAUAUACCGGUGAGCAAAUUAGGCAUUUCAGAGUCAUACGAUACAUACAUCAGCAGAAGCUACCAAGUAACAAAAGAGAUCCUAAGUGAAUGCAAAGCCAAAGGCAAGUAAAACCCCACCUUGCAGUCCAGGAUUUGCUCACUUCAGUUGGGCUAACUCCCAAGCCAGGGGUGUACAGAAUUGCAUCCUCAAGAAGUCGCUUUGUGGCGUCACGUAUACAUCUAAGGGAGGUUGAAAGGAUCAUACAGCUAAACCACAGAAAGCAGCAGGGAGUGUCCCCAAGGUGGAGUGAGAGAUUCAUUCUCUCUAAUUCCAAUGGUCAGAGCAUCAUUGCUCAUGUAACCAAAUUGCAGCAUUCAUGCACAACAGGGGAGGUAUAAGCUGCUUUUGGUGAACUGCAAGAUUUGUAGUAAUAUAUAUAUAUAUAUAUAUAUAUAUAUAUAUAUAUAUAUAUCCUAAGAAAAAUUCAAAGGGACCCAAAAAAAAGCCAGCCCAGUAAUCCAGUAAUGGCUGAGCAUGCUCAGUGAGCAUGGAAUGCUCCUUGACUGGCGUACUGGGGAAAUUGAAAAGGGGCAGGGAAUGGAAUGGAAUGGAAUCGCAGCAGCAUUUUGUUGAAGGCCCCAAUUGUCUGUAUUAAAAGUAAUCCCAAGAGCAUUUUUGCAGCUACCUAAUGAUGAAUGUGCAUGUGUAAAUUGGCCUUUUUUGCUAGCCCUGCUAAGGCCUUUUUGCCCUUCACACAUUUAAGAACAGAAGAGUCGUGCUGGAUCAGGCCAGUGACUCAUCUCGUCCAGCGUCCAUUUCUCACUAUGGCCAACCAGAUGCUUGCCAGAUACACUCAGGACCCAAGCACAAGAGCACCCUCCCCUCCUAUGUCGUCCAGCAACUGGUAUUCGGAAGCAUUCCUGCCUCUGAAUGUGGACGAAACAAAAUAAAAAAAACACCUUCCAGUAGCACCUUAGAGACCAACUAAGUUUGUUAUUGGUAUGAGCUUUCGUGUGCAUGCACGAAAUGGGACACGGAUGCCACUGUGGGUUAAACCACAGAGCCUAGGACUUGCCAAUCAGAAGGUCGGCGGUUUGAAUCCCCGCAACGGGGUGAGCUCCCGUUGCUUGGUCCCUGCUCCUGCCAACCUAGCAGUUCGAAAGCAUGUCAAAGUGCAAGUAGAUAAAUAGGUACCGCUCCGGCGGGAAAGUAAACAGUGUUUCUGUGCACUGCUCUGGUUCGCCAGAAGCGGCUUAGUCAUGCUGGCCACAUGACCCGGAAGCUGUACGCCGGCUCCCUUGGCCAAUAAAGCGAGAUGAGCGCCGCAACCCCAGAGUCGGCCACGACUGGACCUAAUGGUCAGGGGUCCCUUUACCUUUACCUAAGGUGCUACUGGAAGGAUUUUUUUUAUUUUGUUUCCACUACGGCAGACCAACAUGGCUACCUACCUGUAACUAGAACUCUGAAUGUGGAGGCAGAGCAUAGCCAUUGUGUCUAGUAGCCAUCGAGAGCUUUCUCCUCCAUGAAUUUGCCUACUAGACAUGAUGGCCACCCAAGUUGGCAGCACAUCACUGCAGAAGCACAUAACUGAGUGGAGGUCAUGUGAGGAGGUGUGGGGAGGAAGCCCUGCGCCCUCAAAUACAUGACCCCCCUUUACUUACAACUCUCCACGAGUGAGAGGGUCAACCUCUGAAAGCAGGAAGCCCCCUUGGCUCACGGGAGCUCCUUGUCCAAUUCGGAACCCCAUUUAGAAGGUGAUUUCAAGGAGUGAAAAUAGUCGAAAGGGGGGAGGGUUAAGCACUCUACCCUUCCCACCACUUCCCCAUUCGAAAUCACAGGCUCCUGAGGUUGGUUUUGCAUUAUAAACUUCAUCACAAACAGGUGGCUGUGAUGUGUCAAUUUCUUUAUGUUCUCUCCCUGCAGGGAAUAACAUUUUGAUAGUGGCCCAUGCAUCCUCCCUGGAAGCUUGUACUUGCCAACUGCAAGGACUGUCUCCUCAGAAUUCCAAGGACUUUGUACAGAUGGUCAGAAAGGUAAUGGGAACCCACCACUAAUGGAAAGAUCUUUAGAUGUAUAGCAAGGGGGGCCCUCUGUUGCCCCCAAGUGAAAAAUCUUCCAAGUUCAGUUGUACUCUGGAAGUCGAACGGAAUCCGUUCCGGAAGUUCGUUUGACUUCCAAAGCGUUCAGAAACCAAAGUGCAGCUUCCGAUUGGCUGCAGGAAGCUGUGGAAGCCCUGUCGGACGUCCGGCUUCCAAAAGAAUGUUUGAAAACCGGAACACUCACUUCCAGGUUUUGAUCAUUUGGGAGCCGAUCUGUUCGGGAGCCAAGGCAUUUGAGAUCCAAGGUCCGACUGUACAAAGAUCAUCGUAUCCCAUUGUCUGAGCUCCAGAAGGCUGGAGAAUUAAUGGCUGUGUUCCAUUUUUGUGACUUUUCCCCUAGCUGUAUAUGUAUAUUUGAGCUUUUGCAUGGCAUAAAAGACACUUCUGCAAGUUUAAUGCUCAUUUCUGAGUUAUUUGCUUCCAGAAAAAGAAUCUGUUUGCAAAUAAUAUGGAAUUGAAUGCUAAUUCCGUGCUGCAUACAGUGGUUCUCAACCUGUGGGUCCCCAGAUGUUGUUGGACUACAACUCCCAUCAUCCCUGAGCUCUGGCCUUGCUAGCUAGGGGGAUGGGAGUUGUAGUUCAACAACAUCUGGGGACCCACAGGUUGAGAAAUGCUGCACUAUAAUAAUUAUUCCGCUGUAGUUUCCCUCUCCUCUCUCCCACUCCUUCUGGUUUUUAAUCCAUCUCUUUUAUGAACCACAGAUUCCAUACUUGGGUUUCUGUUGCUGUGAAGAACUUGGAGAGACGGGUCUCUGGCAACUUACUGACCCACCCAUCCUCCCUCUCACUCAUGGACCAACCGGCGGCUUUAACUGGAGAGAAACUUUGCUACAAGAAUAAGAGCUGGCCUUUCAAAAGACUGGAGAAUGUCUCAUGUAUUGGAACUCUUCCCCCUCUCCCCCUUCUAAUUACUGAUGAUGGAGAAAAUUACUCAUAACCUUUUAGAUGGAUUUUAAAAAAUAACACUCUAGCAUAUCUUCCACAGAGUGGCAUUCGUGCGUCUAGAAAAAUAGCUCAAUAUAGACGUAUGCUUGGAUUGUGGAACAAUAUAUGUGUACUCAAACACUCUCUCGUUCUCUCUUCAGGCUUCUGUCCAGCAGAAAUGUCUUUGUGACGUAAGCUACUGAGCUUUAAUAUAUAAUUUUUUUUUUAAAAAAAUGAAUUAAGCUCCAGGGAGGAGAACCAGUUUUCACUGCCUUCUGUAUAACGUUAGUGACAAUUAGGACUGUGUUCUAAAUUGUGGACUUCUCUGUUUUGUUGUUUGUUAGAUUUUUAAUUUUUCACAGGAUUGACCUUUGCCGUUUCAUUCCGAGCCAUUUUGGGUAAAGUACACCCCACACCGUAUUUUGCUAAGUUAUUCUAUGUGCCACAUCUACAUUCCUCAAGAUUCCCCCCAAAACAUGUGACAGAAGGAAGUGGAAUGGCUCCCCCGAUCAGAACUAGUGUAGAAUUAUGUGCCUCAGGGGUUUGGUUUUUUUGUGUGUGUUUAAAAAAAACGUGCAGUUGAAUGAAAAAUGUGUAGUUGGAAAGCUGAUGAUGUGUACUUGGAAAAUGGGGUGAAAGCAGGACACAUUAGGUGUAUGUGUUUCUUAAGCAUUUGAAUGACAGGCGCUGUCAAGGAAAGUGUGUGCGCACAAAUUACUUAAGGGUAGAAUGUGCUCAACUUCUGUUCUUAAACUGCCCAAACCACAUUACAUUUUCAUCAUUUGGGCCAGAAGCCCCUCUACUUCAUCUUCAGGCAGGUAACACUUUGUUGUAAAUGCCCUUAAGGUAUUCCUGGUUUUGCACCUUAGGCCUGUCUCGCACCCUAUGUUCCUUCUUCUGCACUUAAUGCAAAAUAGCUAGUCUGGUGUCCCACUCAGCCAAUGGUGGCUUAUUAUAAUGAAUGUAGGUAUAAGUUUUCUGUUUCCACAGAUGGUCAGGCCCUGCUUUUCCUUUUGAGCAUAGCACUUGCACGUACAAGCCCCUCAACAUUGGCAUUAUGAGAUCUGGCAGGCGAGGAUCGGAGCAGCUCUCUUGUAAUUUGGCGACCCUGCAGAGAAUUUGACCUUGUCCCUCAAAGCCUUGGAGAGCAUGCUGUCCACACACUUAAUGCCCAAUAUCGAAUCGGCGAAAAUAGUUUUGCUUUUUGCUUUCUUGGAGGAAAGCUACACAUAAUUUCCCUUCCCCCACCCCACCCCCAACACAAGAGACAGAGAGAGAACUUCAGAUGGGUGUGAGAAGCUGAGGAGAUCCACUUACUGAGCCAGUCCAGAGAACUACUAACUUAUUGAUUGCUUUUGGCUCGGCUCACUAAACCCCUCCAUCUCCUAAUCAGGUCUUUCAGAUUGGCCAGACCAGUCAAAGGACUGGACUGAGUCUGAAACGGACCAUCCAGAAACCCUCGGAAAAAGCUUCGUUGGCUAGCAACUUGAUUCUGCAGACAAUACAAAUUAUUCUGGCAGAGGGGGCCGAGUGGACCAUCCUGCCGUUUGCUAAACACAGCUGCCAAUUUGACUCUGCUUUUAAUCCACUGAGUUGCCUGGCUUGAAGGAGCAACUUCUGCAGGGUUUAUGGAUUCUCCAUUGUGGAAUUCAUGUUCAAAGCCCAAACACCAGUAGACAUGUCUUGUUUGAAGGUGUGUGUUUUUUCUGACAAUCUCUAGAUCAGUAUACAUUUCAGUAGAUCUGUUGAGAGUUCAGCAGACCUGAAAAUAUCAGAAUAGAUUCAGAAACCUGUGUGGAGAAACCACCACUGAUACAGGGUGAGCGCAAGGAGCCAAGUAUCCGUUGUGCUCACUUUUUUAACGUGGGGUGUCUGACGGGGAAUUUGUGCAAUCGGAGGAUCUGUUUUUUUUAAAAAAAAAUAGCAUAGCUAGUUUACUGCCACCAUUGGAGCAUUGUAAAUAUUUCAGAGAUCUUUGAAAUGAGCCCAAGGGAUCUUGGUGGGGACAGAAUUGUUAUGAGGAAGGACUCAUUCACACAUCGCUUUGGUCUCCCAGUACUUGGUAACUCUCAACAAGGUGGCCUUCUGUUUUGAGCAUCGUGUUUAGAGGUCAUAUGGAAGUUUCAUCUCUGGUGUUUGAACCUUGAUGGCUUUCUCACACAGGCAAAGUGUCUCUUGCGACAAACAUGCAUAUGCUCAGCAGUGCCGGCCAAGGCUGGUGGUGCGAACUCUGUUGGCAGGCCCCCUAAUGGGUCUGACAACUUCCCAUGUUUACAGAUUAUUUCCAUGUUUCCUUAUCUUUUGCACGAUGACCAGUCCCUUGGACAAGGGCUGUUAAGGGCAUGCCUCUCACCCACUUGCAUUUUUUACUUGCAAUAUGACGAUUCCUUUCUGUAACAGGCCCAAAUCCAAAUGCCACGCCAUUCCAGAGAAGCCACCUUUCGGACUCAUAGAGCCAAAAAAAGUAGAAAUGCAUGACCCCCCCCCCCAAAAAAAGGAGAGAGGACAAAAGUGGGCACUGAUUUGCAUAAUCUUUGUAUCUGUUUAUUUAUAUGUAUAGACACACAUUGAGAAAUAGAAAUUAAGUACAUCUCACCAUGGUGGGGAAGACUGUGACCAGGGGAUCUGGGUGCCUCCUCCAUCUCCUGUCCUGGUGCUAUCAGUAGAUGGGGAACUUCAAGGCCCCUCAGCUGCUCUCCCUUCUUAGCAUUCUUUAUCAUUAAACUGGAUUUGGACCGGACAGCCCUUCAAACAGAAGACUACACUCCAUAAAGUAGGAACAAAGGGCCACCCUAGCAGACAACCAGUUUUUAAAGUAAUGACCAGUAUUAGCCGAGAGUUUGUUGUUAUCGUUAUUGCUCAGGGCACACUCUCACAUUACCGUAGCCUAUAUUUUUGUGAAGUUUGCACUCCCAAACUUGCUGUGUAAGAAAACACUCUUGGCAAGUGAGCUCUGUCUUCAAAAGGACCACUGGGGUGCUUUAGUCAAGUCAGCAAAUCACAUUUAUCUGGGUUAGUCAUUGGUUUCAUCAGAUGUACCCUGGCAAGUGUGGAAGAGGGAGCUGUUGUGUACAUGUCAUCAAGCCCAGUGGCACCAUUUGGCAACCCUGGGAAGCUUCUGGGGGCCCAGUGCCCCACAAGGCCCACUACUGACACCUGCCAUGGGAAACUAUUAGACCUUUUUUUGCCCAGUUCCAGGCCACCAUUUUUAUGUUCCACAAUGCUCCCGUUGUAGAAACAUUCCAAGGCAUUAUGGGAAAUUAAAAUGGUGGCUUCCAGACACCCAGAUGUUGCCGGAAAGCUAUUGGACCAUUACAGCCACUGUCCUCAUUUGCUGCCAUUGCCAGGUAACCCCAGCAGGGGGCCUACCAGAGUGCGCCUUAAAGGAUCCCCUCAAACCUGGAGCCUUGACAAGCCUGUAGCUACACCUCAUAAUGUGAUUACCACAUGCAGUGAUCUCUAAGGAGCACCCAAAACAUUAUGGGAACCAGAAACUCUGUGAAAUAGGACUGCUGUUUACAUGAGGUAAUAUUACCAUAAGUUCUCCUGGAAGACAAACCCAAGUGCAUAGGAAAAAACUGAGUAACAAAUUCAGAUAAUGAAAGCUCUGUUUGUCAAAUGCUACCUGGAGUAUUACCCUGAAGUGACGGAUGUGUCAUUGAGAUUUGUUGACCAAAUUAUUUCUUUGAGGAACCACUAAUGUCAUUGAAAACCUUCUUUGAUGCAGGUGGCUCAAGGCAAUGGUGGAGAACCUGUAGGGCUCUGGUAGUUUUAGACUGCAACUUGCUUCAUCCCUGAGCCCCAAGAUCUCCAUUCCUAUGAUAAUUUAAAGCAGACUUUCCCAACCUGGUGUCACCUUGGACCACAGUUCUCAUUAGCUCUGCCCAACACGGCCAGUGCUCAGGAACAAUGGAAGUUAUAGUCAGUCAUACCUCCCAUCCGAAAGGCCACAGGUCCCCCCUACAUUUGCUGAUCUUUUUUAACCAAGCUGUUUGCUUUCUUUCAUUCCCUCAGCUUGCCACCCAUGCAUGCUUGCUUUUUUUAAAAAAAUUACACCCCCUGUGUAUACUGAUUGGGUGAUCUGAAUGAGUGGCAGACCAAUCAGCCAACAGCUUUGCCACACAGCCAGCUUCAGCUGGGAUUAAUUCAAGUCGCAUUUGAUCUCACAUACAGGACAGAAUCCGCUCCCAUAGGGAGCUUUUUCAAAGAGUGAACAGAAGGCGCUAAACUGAAACCAGAGUUGGCAGAAUGCUGUUUGAGUGCAAUAUGUAUAUUUCCUUAACUCGCAACGUGUACAUUUAACAUGUAAAAUGCCACAGGACAUUCUCAAAUGCAUUAUUUUUUACCAGGGAUGUAUAGUGAAAAGUCGGGGAGAUAAAAGUUACACGACAGCAGGAAAGCAAACUGUGUUGUUUGCAGUUGUUAUUAGCUGCUGGUAUUUUUGGGAAUACAUAUAUAUAUCUAUCUAUAUAUGCAUAUGUAAUUUAAACUAUUUUUGGCUAUGUACAGACAUUCUGAGGAUGAAUUGGUUUGUGGCUUCUUCAGAUCUGCUUUCUGAGGAAGAGUUUUAAUGAACUGAAUGACAAUCAUGACCAAAAUGUUGGUUACUGGUGUAUAUUUCAUUCUGGGGCGGGAUAGCUUGCCAGGGUGGGACAGUUGUUGUUCUUUGCACUGAUAGCUUGCGAGUCAUUAACUCUUAAUUAUGUACUGUACAAAAGUAUGUUUGAACAGCAUACAAUGGUCCAAAAUGCAUCAAGAUGCUGCCGCGAACGGAACAUUUUGUUCCCUGGUCUUGUCGGAAUGUUAUUGAUAACAUCAAACGAGACCCAUUCCCUGUGGAAUGAUUGGAUCAGUGCACAUUUUUGCUCUCUUUGCUAUUUAGGUUGCAGUCCUAUGCACACUUAACUUGGGAGUAGGCACCUCUGAAAAUCAUAGGAUUUACUUCUGGGGAAAGCAUGCAGAAGAGUGUGUAUUUUAAAAAGCCAAUUCAAUUCCAGAAAAUGGACAAAGAGGGAGGAAGACUAUUGUACAGUACAAAAGUAUAUUUUUGGAUGUUAAAGAUUUUUCUUUUCCUUCUCAGAUGUUGGGUUUCUAAAAAAAAACAACAAAAAAAACACCCAUACCACUGGCACUUCCAGUAUUUUCAGAGUGGAGAAAGAUUUUGCAUUAGAGGAAUUGGUGCUAAUAAGGCAACACACUUCCAAUUAUAGAAGCGCUUUACAAUACCAAGGGAAAACCUUUUGCCUCCUCCAGAAGAUUUCAUUAGGAUGCUUUAAAAAAAAAAAAAACAAGAAGAGGGAAAAUUGCUGCUUAUGUUUUGUGUUACUGCUCAUCUUCCAUGUUUUUGCCACUAGAAAAUUAUUGAUUUCAAUAAUAAUAAAAAGUAUUCCGUCUGAGUUUCUCACAAUCA